CAGGACUUCAGAUGAUUGAAGAUGUUUGCAAAAGCGACAAAGAAUUUUCUGAAAUAUAUUGAUGCCGGAGGUGAAUUAAUACCAGUGUCCAGUCUCAAUGAUUCUGAUAAGGCACAACUUCUUAGUGUGGUGUCGAAGAAGAGACGAUUCUGGUUUUGGCAAAAACCAAAGUAUCACUUUCCAUCAUUAACAUGUAUGCUGAGUGAUGUACUGGUUGAAAACAAAGCGGUAAAACCAGGUAGGUUUCAUUAUUUACUACAUCUAAAAACUAAACAAAAAAAAUUGUAUAAUGUUUUACAACAGGUCACAAUUCAGAUUCCAAUUCAAGGUCUUUUGUUUUAUUACUAAAGACUAAAUUGUAGUGAAUGGCACACCGAAUUGCAGAAUUGCUAAAUUUAGGCCAAAAAUUGAGUUUGAAAAAAUACUCCACUUAUACUAUAGCCACAGCGGAGGAUGUUAGCAAGCAGGGCCGGACUGGGGAUACUAAGCAGCCCUGGAAAAAAAUCUAUGCCAGCCCCAUAAGUCAUUGUGCUAUGUGUUUUUAUUAUAUAUAUAUAUAUAUAUAUAUAUAUAUAUAUAUAUAUAUAUAUAUAUAUAUAUAUAUAUAUAUAUAUAUACAUACAUACAAUUGAAAUAGUUGAAAUGUUUCAGUCCCACUUGUGGACUUUCGUCAUGAUCCUGAUGCAAGUCCACAAGAGGGACUGAAACGUUGAUCUUCUCUUAAAUAUUUCAAUAAAAGUAAAAUUUUAAGGAAAUCCGAGAGUGCAGCCAACUAUUUCAAUUGCCUAUAUAUAUACUGGAUACUGGAGCCUUGGUGAUGCAACAAUAUAUAUAUAUAUUUUUUUUUUUAAUUUAAUUUUUUUAUUGAUACAUUUCUUCAUCUAAUUCAAAAUAUUAUUUCUUUCAGGGUAAUUAAAUUCUACAGUAAAGCAUACUCACACACAGACAGACAAUCUUACUGAUGCACACAAAUAGGCUAAUUGACAGACAAUGACACACACAGACAAGGUUACUGGCACACACACAACUUUAGUACAGACAAACUCUGAUACACACACACACAAGCUUACUAUAGACAAGCUCACUGUCACACACACACGCGCUCACUACAGACAAGCUCACUGAUGCGCACACACUCUCCUUACAGACAAGCCCAUUGACACACACGCUCCCUACAGAAGAGCUCACUAACACACAGAUUCACUACAGACAAGCUCACUGACACACACAUGCUCUCUACAGACAAGCUCACUGACACACAUAUGGUUACUACAGACAAGCUCACGAUCACACUCAUACUCACUGUACACACAUGCUCACCACCGACAGGCUCCGACACACCCAUGCUCCUUACAGACAAGCUCACUAACACACACACACACGAUCCCUACAGACAAGCUCACUGACACACAUACAAGCUCACUCAAUAGCAGGCACACACACACACACAAACUCACUAGCAGGCACACACACACACAGAGGCUCCUUCACUAGCAGAUGCGCACACACACAGAGGCAGACAGUCACUGACACCCAGGCAGACAGCCACACACACACCGGCAGACAGUCACUGACACCAAGGCAAACAGCCACACAUACAAAGACAGGCAGACAGCCGCACACUCACACACACAGACAGUCACACACAUGCAGACCGUCACACACACAGUCACACACACACAGACAGUCACACACAGACAGUCACACACUCAAACACAGACAGUCACACAGUCACACACUCACACACAGACAGUCACACACUCACACAGUCUCACACACAGACAGUCACACACUCUCACAGACAGUCACACACUCACAGACAGUCACACACUCACAGACAGUCACACACACACAGACAGUCACACACACACAGACAGUCAGACACAGACAGUCACACACUCACACAGACAGUCACACACAGUCACACACUCACAGGCAGUCACACAGAGACAGUCACACACCGUCACACACUCACAGGCAGUCACACAGAGACAGUCACACACUCGCACAGACAGUCACACACUCACACAGACAGUCACACACUCACACAGACAGUCACACACAGUCACACACACAGUCACACACACACAGUCACACACUCACAGACAGUCACACACUCACAUAGACAGUCACACACAGUCACACACUCACACAGACAGUCACACUCUCACAGAGACAGUCACACACUCACAGUCACACACUCACACAGACACACUGACCUCCUUCUUCCCUCCUGCUUGGAGCUCCUGGAGGCUGGUUGUUCAGUCAGCCAGGCCGCCGCCGCACAGUAAGCCCCACCCCCGCCACACGCUAGCCACGCCCCCGCCGCACGUAAGCCCCGCCCCCACAGCAAAUUUAUUUUUAUUUUUAUCAUCCCAGCCGGCCAUGUGUGAGCUGUGCCGGCCGCCUGGCUCCCCCUGCUCCCAUGGGGCUCUGUGAGGAAAUAUAAGAGGGGCUAGAGUUGUUCAGUGCUUUAUAGGUGUGAAUUAGUACCUUGAAUUGACUCCUAUAGCAAAAGUAGGACUGUUUGGCAAGGGCUGCGCUGUAUGAACACAAUAUGAAUCUAUAAUGGAGAAAGUCUGACUGGGUGCGAGACUUCCUCCAGGAGCGUUCAGCACAACGAGAUCAUCUUUGCAGGUAGCUUGUUGAUUUAGUAUGCCACGGUUGGGGGCGGGUCCUCCUCAAGGUGCUUGUUUGGAGCGGUGUUGCAGCGUUCAAGGCAGAGGUGAGGGUAGUGUUAUAUGCAGAGAUGGCCAGUGAAGGACAGGAGAGGGAAGGGAUGGACAGCAGUCGUGAAUCAAUAUCAGCUGACAACUGCUGGAUAUCAAGAGAAUUAAGGUCCCUCCUUGAGGGGGGUUAGGCUGAGGUUGUUGGGUAAGGGGGUACACGAGAGCAAAUGAUAAGAGGUGGUGAUCAGAGAGAGGAGAUGGAGUGUUGCAGAUAUUAGAUACUGUACAUUCAUAAGAGAAGAUUUGGUCAAGGGUAUUGCCAGCUACAUGGGUGGGAGAAUUAGCCCACUGUGAUAGCCCGAGGGAGGAAGUAAUUGAAAGUAGUUUAGAGGCUGCAGAGGUCAAAGGUUGGUUAAUGGGAAUAUUGAAGUCCCUGAGAAUUAGGGAUGGAAUGUUAGAAGAGAGGAAAUAGGGUAGCCAGGCAGCAAAGUGGUCAAGGAAGAGAAGAGGGGAACCAAGGGGACUAUAAAUAACAGCAAUGUUAGCAGAGAAGGGUUUGAAAAGGCGAAUAGAAUGUUUUUCAAAUGAUGGGAAAGAGAGGGAAGGGGGGGUGGGUAGAGGUUCAAAGGAGCAGUGAGGGGAGAGGAGAAACCCUACACCACCACCUUUACAUUCAGAGUUUCUUGGGUUGUGGGUAAGUUGAAGACCACCGAAGGACAAUGAUACAGGGGUAGCUUAUAACUUUAAACACCUGUAAAAAGGACUGUCAUCUCUGUUAACUUUAUCAUUUUCCUCAUGCAUACGAAAACUGUAUGUGAAAAUAAAACGGGGAAAAAACAGUAACUAAUUAAAAAGCAAUGUAACAGUAAAGCGCUUUGUAAAAUACAAAUUGUGGCAAGGCAGCCAUGUACAUUACAAUUGAGCAGUUGGUCAUAGGAUUUGUUUGCACACUAUUAGGCACAUUGUACUAGGCAACCAAACACUACUGACUUCAAGGCAGUAAAACAUUAAAGGGACACUAUAGUCACCAGAACAACUACAGCUUAUUGAAUUUGUUCUGGUGAGUAGAAUCGUUACCUUCAGGCUUUUUGCUGUAAACACAGUCUUUUCAGAGAAAAUGCAGUGUUUACAUUACAGCCUAGUGAUAACUACACUGGCCACUCCUCACAUGGCUGUUCGAGAUCCUUCCUGGGUCAUGGCUGCCUAAAAUGCAGCCAAACAUUCAGUAUCUCCUCUCUCUGCAUGCAGACACUUAACUUUCCUCAUAGAAAUGCAUUGAUUUAAUUCAUCUGUAUGAGGAGAUGCUGAUUGGCCAGGGCUGUGUUUGAAUUGUGCUGGCUCUGCCCCUGAUCUGCCUCUUUGUCAGUCUCAGCCAAUCCUAUGGGGAAGCACUGUGAUUGGAUCAGGCUGCCACAUGUCAGCAGACUGCUUGUUUUUCUGAGUCUAACAGCAUGCAGAGUUACAGCUUCAGGUUUGAAUACAGUAAGAUUUUUACUAUAUUAAUGGAGGCAUGAGGGGCCCAGGGGGACUAGAUGGUGGUGUUAACACUAUAGGGUCAGGAAUCUAUGUUUGUGUUCCUGACCCUAUAGUGAUCCUUUAAGGAACCCAUUUCUUUAAUAUGUGUCCUUAACCUAUUUAGCUUAUUAGCCUGAUUGCAUUUUUUUAAAUUAAUGAAAGACACAAGUAAAAUUACCUGCUACCCAGCACCUGGACAGUUUGCUCGCUGAUGUCCAAUUUUCAUCUAUUGAAGUCACCAAUACUGAUGAAUUUUGUCUAGUGAGAUUCUUCUUAGAGAGAAGCAUUAUAGGUACCCAAAACACUUCAUGUCAUUGAAGUAGUGUGGGUGCAGUGUCCCUGUCCCCUUAGCCCUGAAUUGUAAAACAUUGCAAUGUUUAUAUUGCAGGGUUAAGACUGCUUCUGGUGGCUAUCUACCAGACUCUGUUUUCACAGAGUUUAACUUCGUGAAACAACACUGGAUGUCCUCACGUUUUGCAUGAGGAUGUCCAACUCUUCUAAAUCCCCUUAGUAAAGCAUUGAUUCCUUGUUUUCCUGUGGGGAAAAGCCUAAAGCACACAAGGCAGUAGCUGUGCAUGUGCAUUAGGUUCUCUCAUCUGCUGACGGAGGAGGGACCUCAGCGCUUGAAUCAGGUAAGUGUUUAAAAGGUUAUUUGAUCCUUUCAUGACAAGGGGAGAUACUAGGCGGGAGCUGCGGAGACAGGGGGACAUCUUAGUGUUAGGAACUGCAUAUGUACCGUAUAUACUCGUGUAUAAGCUGACUUUUUCAGCACAUUUUUUAUGUUGAAAAAGUCCCACUCGGCUUAUACUCGAGUGAGGGUUAAACUUACCUGUUCUCCGGUGCAGUGCGGGUGUUCUCCAGUCUCUCCUGCUCAUCUGCGGGCGCCAGCAGCCUCUGUGGGGGGUCCCAUGACUAAAAUUACUUUCAAGGAACAUUGGUGAUUGCAAAAGAUUUUUUAUGAUAAAGGGACGGAAAGGGUUUAGCAGUGUCCCAAGAAGGUAAAAUGCAUUGUUCGUCUGUCAAGAUUCCAUUAUAACUAUCCAUAUACAUGUUUCUUCUGCAAGGUAAUAUUUAUUAGAUAUUCAUUGUCUAUUAUAAGUUUAUUCUAAAGGAAACAUUAAGCUAAAGAGCUUGAGGCACAACACACUCUCUCUACUCCAUUGAAGUAUAGACAGCGUAAUUAACAUUAAAUAUUAAGAGCAUGUCCACUGAAAUGAGCACAUUAUGCUGUGUAACAAUAAGGUGUACGCACUAAUAACGAACAUAGAACAUAUCAGACUAGAUUUAUAACUCUGGUGCCUUUAGGCACAAGUCUGUCAGUUUUAUCCAACCUUAUUCCACUCUCUGGUAGGUGAUCACAUCUGACCUUUCUACAUACCAAUUCCACUGACCAGACACAAAUUUCACCAAGAUAUUUAGAUUCCCAGGGGAAAGGAGGACGCCACACACACACAGAUAAUGCAUAACAUCGGUCACUGCAUGUUUUAUACAUUGUAGAUGAAUUGUAGGGUGGGAAUUGUAUUUUAAAUGGAAUACAAUCUCACUGCAUGUGACAUCAUUGUGUACCACGAUGCCAGAUACAUAUUUUCCAGAGUAGGAAUCAAGAAUAUACAACCCAUUUCACAGAUCUAAAAUUACAUUUAAUACCCAUCUGCAUCAGAAUUGACAUUUACUUUAUACAAGAAAACUUCAGUAAAAAAAAAUUAAAAAAAGGAAAAAGGGCUUAUACUCGAGUCAAUAAGUUUUCCCAGCCUUUUGUGAUAAAAUUAGGUUUAUAUUUGGUUUAUAUUCGGGUUGGCUUAUACUCGAGUAUAUACGGUAUCUUAAUUUAUGCAGACCUUAUUACGAACCACAGGCAUUAAACGGACAACAGUUACGUGACUUGACAAAGGCCUGUUUGGCUGAAACUUUGUUAGUUUAAUGCCUCUCGUUCCUAAAAUAAAGUCUGCACAAAUUAAGAUACAUUGAGUGUCUGGAUUUUUCAUCUACCUUUACAAUACAGUAAAAUACUAUCUAAAAGGGAGUGAACAGUCCUAAGUGGACUAAUUAAUAGAAGACAGGAGAAUUCAUGUCUGGCUGGAAGCAGGGGCUGACUGAGGGGUCACCUCCAUUCUGUUCCCAAAGAAAUGCUUCCAAGUUGUUAAAAUGUGCUUGUGUCACCACUUGCUACAUGCUAUUUGACUUGUCAGACAGGAAUCAGUGCUUCAGAAACUGCAUGCCUAAAUGUGUGCAGUUAUAUGUCACUGUAUGCAUAUUUCUAAAUUCGUGUAUCUGUAUUUUGUAUGGAUGUAUGUGUCGAUCUUUUAGAAUUUGUCCAAAAUCCAGCAGUGCAUAUUUCAGGUUUGGGCUCUGGAUCCUUCCCUGUGCCAUCCUUGCUGAUGUCUGGAUUAGGAACUGUCAGUCACAUAAUGCUGCCAUGGUUUGAUCAGGAAAGGUUUAGUUUUCUCUUGUGUCAGGUCUGCUUUUAUGUAAACUCAUCUAUUAUUCAUGUGUAUCCACAUUUAUGCAAAACAACUCUCUUCUCAUAUUCCCACUUCAGCAUCAUUUGUCUUUUCCCCUGCUAGUACAUACAAAUAGAAUGAACUCCUGCUUUUUAUGAUCACUUUAUAGAGGCUCAAAGGAUGGAGGAAGAGGUCCAUGUGGUGAAUCUUAAUAAAAUAAAUAUAGCAGUUUAAAACCCACAAAAAAUUUUUUUUUUUCUUUUCCAGUUGUAGUGGAAUCAGAGUUUGUGAGAUAUGAAGAGACAUGCGGUGAUGUCAUCAGAGGGAACAUCGGAGCAGAUGUUGGGGCCCUUCACAUGAGCGUUGCUGGGGUAGAAUGUAUUGAAAGUCAAUCUUCUUUUGGCACCCUCAGGAAGCAAGAAGUAGAUCUACAGCAUCUCAUGAAAGAUGUACAAGAAAGGUAUUUUUAUUUAUCUCCUGAUUAUUACUGUUUUUUUGUUUUUCUCUUUUUAUCGAGGCAUUGAAAAGUACAUUAAAUGCAGUACGGAGCUAUAUCAAGCAUUCAGAUGUGUGUGUGUACAAGCAUAACCUAGAUAAAGACAAUAACAUUGCAAGUUCAAUAAGCACAAGGAAGUAAACCCCUAUCGAAGGCUGCUUCAUUUUUAGAUAUUAAAGAAAAGUAAUAGAAACAGGCUAAGUAGAUAUGUGUAUUUAAUAAUAGAGUAGUCGAGAACAAGAAAAUAUAACAAGCUAGGCAUACUAGUCUGAAUACAAAAUCCAAGUGAAGCGUCCCUUAUUUGCAUGAUUCAACAGAGUAGGAGAUAUCUAGGUAAAUAUAAAGUUAAGGUGAUGUAUUACGCAAACUAUAUGUACCACUGGGAACAAAUAAAAUAAAUGCAAGGUAAAACUAAACUCUGUAAUGCUGAAGACUAUAGAAGGAUAACAUCCACAGUUCGCUUUCAGCCGACACCACGACUUGGCCAUGGGUGAAGGUUUAUCGCCAUGCUGGAUACUAUACAUCCUGUGGCACUCCUUUAGGACCCAGUGGAAAACGCAGUUUUUUUCAGGCGCUGAUCGCAUCUUGAGCUGUAGUGCUUGGACCACACAAAUCUUCGAGCCCCAGGCCUUAAUGAGAGUUACUUCCCUAUAUUCAUGGUUCCCCCUGCUGUGUGUAGUAGGACCAUGGGCCCUCGGAAGCUCUGAAUCCCAUAAACCCCUCAGUGUGCAGGGAUGGCGAGUUGGAUAUAAUUCCAUAUGGACCCCCCGCCUGGAAAAAAAUGGGGCAAUCUCAGACACAACGUGGGUCAGAGGUUGAGCAGGAGAGGUAACACCAGGAGGUUGGCUUUGGCAGUAUUAGGUCUCGGUCCUAGCAGUGAUUUUGUGCACAUCAAGGCAACUUGGGGAUGACUCGUCGCUUUGCAUCUUUUUUUAGCAGAUUUCUGCAGACGCCGAGCCAAUCUGCACAAAAAGUCUGCAAAUAUUGCAUCCUGCCUGGAGGAUAGCUUGCCCUCCAGUGUAGGCAGAAGGGUUUGUCCCAAUGAAACUUUCUGGAUCCUCUUGAUUCUGUGGCUUUUGCUGUGAGGUGGCUAUUUUUGAACCACCACACAGUGGCAUCCACUAGUGCAAUAAGGCAAGGUAAAAGUUCCCAGCAGGGACUGGGAUAUAACCCACAGGUCCGGAGAGGAAAGGUGUAAUGGGGCUGUUGCAGACUUAUUUCAGGACGCACGUUCCCAGGCUGGAGAUUGGCUGCCUCUCCUAGCUGUAGGGCAGGCAGACCUGGUAGGCCACAGGGCCGGACAAUAUAAACUCUUUCCAAAACAUGUUUAUGGGAUCCUCAGAGUCCCUACAGUGGAGCAUCAGUUUGUUCUUGAUUUAAUACUGUUUUCAGCUGUAUAUACUUAUAUAAGUCGAAUUAGGGCUGAUUAAAACUGAAGCUGAUAGAGAAUGUGUCCAACCAUCUCUAGAGUCAGGUCCCUCCCCCCUUAUUAUUACUGUUAACAUUUUUAUGACUGUAAUAUAAUUUCAUUUAAAGCAGGGGUUCUUAAUCUUUUUAGUCUCACUACUCCUCCAAAAGUGAACUUAAAAUUCAAACCUACCCUCCUUUCCAAAAGCAAUUAAUAAUGGAUAGACUAAAUAACUAACAUGUACAUUGUAUUCUUACAAUAUAUUAGAAAGUUUUGCGCAUAAAAGCACUACGGUUUUUCAAUUCCAUCACAGUCAAUGCAUGUUAAUCCAUAUUUAACAUAUUCGUCACUAUACUUCCUUUUGUGUUUUUUUUUUUUACAUUUUCUCUUAGCGGAGUUAAUAAUGAAACAACGUCUAGCAUUGAAGAGGAGAGAGACGUUGUCAACUAAGCUAGCAAUAAUUAAAAUUAAAUUGUCUUGAAAAAAAAAAAACAAUGUUGCCGUCAUUCAGACCAACAAUAAAAAGUUGUUUUUGCGAAGUUAUCGUGUGACUGCUCUUCUACUGUUCUUGCGAUUGUUGUAAGCAAGUGUUGUGUGAGUGAUUUCCAGUACGGGGGUUUGGUACAAGAUUAAACUUCACAGACAGUUAGUCUUCAUUUUACCAAACACAGCCGCGCACAAUAACAGCAGUCUUCAUUUUACCAAACAUGAUUUUUGAUUGUCUGGAUAUCGCGAGUCAACUGUAUCUUAACUCAAUAAAAAGUUUUUUUUUUAAAAACAAUUACAAAAAUGUUAACAUCACAACUAACCCUGUUGCACCUCCUCAGUGGAGACACACCUCCCAUUUCAAGAGACACUAUAGGUGCUCAUUUUAUGUAAGUGGUCUGAGUGCAGUGUUCCUGUCCCCCUUAGCCCUGGCACUCUAACACUAUUUCGCCCAGUUGAAGAUAUAUAUAUCCUGCAAAUUGAACUGCAUUACUGACCUGGACCAGAACAGAUCAUUUUUAAACCAUAACCUUUUUGUACUUUUUUGCUCUUAUUAUAGAAAAUGUUUUUGUUAGGUUCUAGAUGUAGCAUUAGCCUAUGAAGCUUUUUGUUUUUUUCCUUCUAAUUUAUAAUGUGUGAUAAAUUAGUGUUUUUACCAUGUUAUUGUGUUUUAACUGGUGUAAUAGAAUAGUAUUCUGACAGUACGUUAAGUUGCUAAGCCCAGAAAUGGAAUCAGAUCCUUCACCAGAUAUUUUAACAGUUUGUGUAGUUUUACAUUAAAAUAUCAUGUAAAAGAAUUGUUCCUUAUCAUUAACCCAAAGGUGUCUGUAAAACUUAAUCCAAUGUCAUUAGGGAAUCUGAGACAAACUACAUUUCCCAAUAUGGGAUCUAUCUCUAUUUUAUGGUUGCCUGUCAUUUUGAUUCAUUGAUAUAAUCUAUGCGUGUUCCAUUCUCUUGUUAUCUCAAGACAAUUCAUCAUUGUCUACAAAUUGUUUGUUAUUGCAGUGUAGACCAGUAUGGAGAAGUCUGCAUUAUUAAAAUGAGCAAGCACUGAAAUGCUUGAUGGUAUUUAUCAACAUAUAAUCACAAAGCUAUUUGUCAAACUUUCAGUGUGAGAAUCUGCAAAUGGCUGUGGAAAAAUUGCCAUUAGUCACAAAUAAAACACUCCAAGGACUAGUAAGAUGUCAUCUUUCAAUAGAAAAUACAUAACUGCUUCACUGCUAGAAUGAGUUUAUAUCAAAGCACAUGUUAGAAGUGGAUCAGAUUUGUUAUCACCCAUGGUUUGUUUUUUGUUUUUAUUUGUAUGGUUUACAGGUAUUUACUGUGAAGGAAUACCCCAUCACUUUUGGCUCCUUUCGUACAACAGAUUUGUAUUUAAUUUUGCUUUAUUUAUUUUGUUUGGUUCCCGAACAAAGACCACCCCAGGGACCCAUUAGAACGUGGAAUGUUGAGUAUUCUGUACGACAACCACGAAGGAAAUGAUUAAUAGAAUGCUCCACUGGGUGGCCGCCAUUUAGUGCAUGUAAACUCACGUGGUUGGGACAAUGGAUGGCAGCUAUUUUGUCUCACGAACGCUAGCAGUGGGACUUAGUCGUCGAGUGCCUGGAACUCAUUUUGGCCAGGCACUCCCACGAACACCAGUCACCAUGGACCUACUACAUAUUCCAGUUACAGUUCACCUAUACGAACGGCGUUCGGGAGUUACAGACUACCAAACACAGGGAGCAUUCUACAUGAAUCAGCUUUCAUCUACCUUAUGUGGUUUUCGUACAAAACCCCAUGAAUGGAGACCGGUUCUUGCCACAAUUUCCCUGGAACUAUUUUGGGCUUCAACCUCCUGGCAGACCGAUCAGAACUUCUCUCCGCGAUGGCAAACCAAAACUACCAAACGGAUCUCGGUCAAUUUUGGAUAGAUUGUUCGCCCAGAUCCAUGCUAUCUGUGGAUGUGACUUUUGUGGGGUUUACAUGUAUUUUAGUGGUACUUUUGGGGUGGUUAAGAAAUGUAUGAUUUUUCUGUCCGUGAGAGAUAAUAUAAUUAGCGAUGUGUAUUCCGAUAAUAAUUAUCUCUCAGACACAGAGGAUCAUGGGAUGGAUUUCCCUGUUUUCCUAUGUUAGAAACCCUAUGUUGGGGCUUUUGCAUAAAAAGCUGUGUGUUGCUCCAAAUAAAGCAGUCUUCUCCCAGCAUUAAGCCUUGGCUCGUGUGUGUGUGUGUGGGGGGGGAGAGGGGGUUAUAGGACACCAGCAAUAUUUUACCUUUGGGAUUAUUUUUGUUUGUUUAUUGGCAAAAAGGCAUCGGUGGCUGUGAUACCCUGGCAGGCCGCCACAUUUACUACCUGAAAAAUGAAGUGAAAAGCACAAGGAUAAAAAGCACAAAAAUUACAUGAGAGGCACAAUAUAUGUUAUUUCACAGGUAAUUAUCACAUCUAAUAGUGAUUAGCAGUCAUUUAAAAAAUGUUCAAAUACAACUUAGAAUGUACAUACAAGUCAGAAAGGUAUUGGUGCAUGUUGAAAUGGAAGGAUGAAAUUUGUCAUUUAUCAAGAAAGAACACUUUUGGGGUAUAGUGUUUAGGGAUGGGUAGGAGUUUGGCUGUUGAGAUUUAUUUAGAAUAUGGGCAUAUUAAAGUAGGACUGUCAGUGUUGACAUUUUUGCACUAAAGGUUUGUCAUGGGUUUUGCUUUUAUUCUACUAAAAUUAUCAGUGGUUUACAUUUUUGAAAUACAUAUUUACAUGACAUGAGUUUCCGUGAAACUCAAUCUUGUCUUGGGUGGCAGCAAUGACUAUGGUAUUCAUUAGCCCCAUUAACAAAUGGUUUUCAUUUAGUCCGUCAGGCUAUCUGACAAAUCACUGCAUUAGCCAUUAAAGUUCACCUGCCUAUUCCAAAGCAAACCUUUUAGGUGAGUCCAACGCUAACAAUACACCUUACUGCUUUCAGUAAGCACCAUAACCUCACCAUUGUACUGGCCACUGGUCUGGCCCCUUGCUUGUCAUGUUGCUGAAGAGGAAGUUACAUUACAAUGUGAAUUUCAUCCAUGUAUGCUCUCAGCUAAUCAAAGCCGUAUUUGGACAAAGUUUGACAUUGCUAAUGAGGAAGUGGAGCUGAGCAUUUAAGACAAUCCACUCUAAGGUUCGGUAAUACGUCUGGCCAUCUUUUACCACUGUGCCUCUGACAUAAACAAAAAUCCAAUCUCUGUUGUGGAAAUGAGAAUCAUACCUUUUAUUCCACCCAACAUAAAUAAAAAGGUUAAAUACAAACAGUGCCUAGAAGGAGGGUUGGGGGGGGGCACAGUAGGAAAGAUGUUAUGUGCCAAUAAGGUACUUCCUCAAUCAUAAAUACAGAAAUAUAUAGAACUGAAAGGCAGCAAUAUAACAGUGCUUCCUGCACAAAUUGAUAUAGUAUAAAGAAUACAUUCCAUUUUAAGCUAAAUGUAUGUAUUAUAACUUUCAGAAAACAAAUUGUCUAAUUUUGUGUAUGUAUUUGAUAUAUGUGUUUCUUAUUAUUACUAACAUUUAUAAAGCACCAACAUAUUCUUUGGAACUGUACAGUUGAGAUAACAGACAAUAUAGAUGAACUAGUAGAAAAGGAAUCGAGGAUCCUGCCCAUGGGCAAAGAUCUAGUACUUUAGCUGUUUAAUGCAAAGCUAUUAACUUAACAGCCCAUGAGCUUACAAUCUAAAGGUUAUGAUGGGGAGUUGAGAAGAGAGAAUAGAGGGAAUUUGAAGGUGAUGGCCAGAGAGUUUGAAAGAGCUUGUGCAGCAAAGAUGUAAAGUGUUCUAUUCUAAAAGUGGUGUAAAGUAAUAAUAGUGGAGCAAUCACAGAGGGAACCAGUAGGUAUAUUCCAUUGGUGACUCCUCCACUUUGAGAUGUUAGCACUACUUUUUAGAACCGAACACUUGGAUAAAUAUCCCACACUGUUUUUAACAAUGUAAUUCUGCAUUUCAUCUAUACUACCACAAGGGGGAGAGCUGUUACAACAUUUCUCUUGCAUGCAGCACAGAAAGGUUUGCAAUACUCUGUGAAGCUUAGUCACUAAAUGGUAAAUUUAAAGUUGUCUAAACAUCAUAAGAUUCGAGAACUAGGCUGAUCUCAUGAAACCUCAAAAAAAAAGUCUUCAUAAUUAAUAAUGUGUAUGUUAGCUGUAGAGAGUGUUAACGGAACAUCAAAUUAGCUUUCUGUCUUUCAAGAUCAAAAAUCAAUGCAUGCAGUUUUUAGUAAUCUAUUCUGACAAUGGUUAAUGACCUUCCAGAGUGACAGAAGUGUAUCAAUGUUUAGUUGGACAGUUUAAAAAAACAAAAACCUAAUAGAAUAGCAUCCAUGUCACAUCAUGAUGUGCCCAUAGUAUAAUUGAACCCAUUUCAGCCAACACAGAGCAGUGUGUGGGUACCAAAGAAAUGCUCACACCUCAUUCUGUAGCUAGGCUGAUUCCCCUUCUUGGUUGGAAAAAAAAAUGGGGGGGGGAGGGGGCAGGGGGAAUUGGGGUUGCAGCAACUGCUUUUGAGAAAUGUUUGAGUAGAUAUUGGGGGAGAGGUCAAUCACCUAGAAAGAUGUUUAAGAGGUUGUUUGUUUGAAUGUGGAUGAAUGAAUGAAGAGAUGACAACGGGUUAAAUCAUAUACUGCUGGAGGGGCUGUUAAAUAGAAAUGGGAAGGGUAAAGGAAACAGCACGAGGAGCAUUUAUAUAUUGUGUAGGGCUUUGCAAAUAUGUUCCCCAGGGCUCCACAAAUGCUUAGGAUUGCCCAAAGAAACUCCACCUGCUUUUAUUGUAACUAGUACCCAGUCCCUUCCCAUAGAAGUUGCCUUUUCUAAAUUUUCAUCUGGGCAUUUACAACAACCCUGUUGUUUAGUGACAUAUGACAGUAUUUGGACAGUGACUGUGCUAGAAUGGAUUGUCACAGCACCCUCUUGGUGCCAGGAUGUGACACAUUGCUACAUCAUUACAGAGCUGUGCUAGUUGAAGCAAAGUUCAAUUUUCUACCCAAUACAUAUUGUGCUACAUGUAAGCAAAGCCCAUGAUUUUCCCUUCUCAAAUGCAACAUUUUAAAAUAUGUGUGUAAAAUAUAGCCAGAAUUUGAUAAAGAAAUAGACAACUAUUUUAAGCUGUUUGUAGUUUUAUCACUAAAUAGAUUAUUUUAAAAUUACUAGUGAGGUAACAAUUGGUUUAUUCACGCUACGUAAUGAAUUGAAAACAAAAAGUGUUGAUUUGGAAAAAGUCUCCAAAUUGACAAUAUCACAGUUUUGUUAUUUAUCCUAAAUUAUGGGAAUCGAUUUUCAAUUCACCUCAGUUCUGUAUUUAGUGAAUAAACCCGAUAAAACAAGACAGUUCUGGAGAAUAGCAUUGCAAGAUACAACAGUUAAAAUGUAUUCUACAAAUCUUAGAUUCGUUUUUUGUUUUAUUUAAUGUAAAUCAGCAUUUUUCCUCUUUAAACUGCUACAGCAAAGGAUACUAAACGACUAGGCAUUCUGUAAUUUUUGGUCUUUUGAAUGGAUUCCUCAGUUUUAUAGUGUAGUAACUGGUAGUGUCCAAACAUAUUAUCCAUUCGCUGUAAUCAGUAUCGAUGGAAAUAUGCCCAGUACAAAUAUUAUUCUGCUGUCGUUGAGUAGGCACCAGACAUAUGCCUUUAGCAACUGCUCAGAAAAGAUUCAUUUUCAAUGAUUGAUGCAUGUUAGCUCCCAAACCUUUGAUUUAAAUUAACUUUUAAUUUUUUUAAAAACAGACCCUCCAGGUAAUUUCAUUUGGGGGGAAAAAAACAUGUUCAUUACACACUGUAGAGAAAACGUAAUAGAGCAAGUCUUAUGAAAAUAAAAUACUGAAGCAUUUGAGACUUUAGUUUUUCAUGUUGAAAUUCCCUCUAGGGCUUUUCUCAUGGGACUUUACUGGUGAGAUUUCUGACCAUAAAAAAGCUUUGAAGGUUAUAUUGAGCCUUAAAGAAGAUGCCUAGAUAGUCUCUAGUAAUACAUGAUUGAGAUUUCUGAGAAACUUCACUCAGUCACAUGUGAGAGGGACUUCAACAGAAAUGUGACCACUUUAGUGAUGGUAAAGAGUGCCUGAUGUACUUUUCAAGGAUUAUUUGUACAGGUUCUCUUAAAGGGACACUCCACACACGAAUAUAACUUUAAUGAACUUGAAAGGUUUUGGCCUUAUUGGUGCUGUAUUUUUUUUUUUUUUUUUUUUUACAUGCUCAAAUCAUUAUAGUUUUUGCUUUAAAAAAAAAAGUUAAUGUUUUGCAGAAUGCUGCACUGCAUGCCUGCCUCUUUAGCCACGUCCCCUCACUCCAGGCAAAGACAUCAAAUGUAUGCACAUAUUAUUUUUUUGUAUGCAAAAAUUAUAAAGAUUUGAGCAUGUAAAAAUAUAAGGCAUAAAUCAACUGCAUUAAAGUUGUAUUGCUGUGCGGAGUGUCUCUCUAAGCCAUAGUUUGAGGACCCAUGCUCUGAGCACUAAACAGCAGGUACUUCUGUGCUCAGUAGUUUCAUUCAUUCACGCUAUUCACCUAGUUAGUAGAAACUACCUAACAUCUGCUUUUAACUUGUGCAAGAAGCAUCACUUAUUUUUUUUUCAUGAAUCAAGGUACAUGUUGUUGGUACUGUCAUGUAGAUCUAGUAACCGUUAAAGGAGACCUUUCAUCCGAUAAUGUAUGUAGUAAUAUUUAAAAGAACACUCUAGGCACCCAGACCGCUUCAGCUGUGAGUUUAAAGGACCACUAUAGUGCCAGGAAAACAUACUCGUUUUCCUGGCACUAUAGUGCCCUGAGGGUGCCCCCACCCUCAGGGACCCCCUCCCGCCCGGCUCUGGAAGGGGGAAAGGGGUUAAAACUUACCUUUUUCCAGCGCUGGGCGGAGAGCUCUCCUCCUCCGAUCCUCCUCCUCGGCUGAAUGCGCACGCGCGGCAAGAGCUGCGUGCGCAUUCAGCUGGUCACAUAGGAAAGCAUUCAUAAUGCUUUCCUAUGGACGCUGGCAUGCUCUCACUGUGAAAAUCACAGUGAGAAGCACGCAAGCGCCUCUAGUGGCUGUCAAUGAGCCAGCCACUAGAGGAAAUAGGGGAAGGCUUAACCCAUUCAUAAACAUAGCAGUUUCUUUGAAACUGCUAUGUUUAUGAAAAAAUGGGUUAAACCUAGCUGGACCUGGCACCCAGACCACUUCAUUAAGCUGAAGUGGUCUGGGUGCCUAGAGUGGUCCUUUAACCCUGCAAUAAUUACCUUGCAGGGUCAACUCCACCUCUAGUGGCUGUCUACGAUCUGAUAAAUAUUGUAGUAAAACACACACAUAUCGCAAGAUUUUUAAAUUAGUAUUUCGUAAACAUGAUGUGUGCUACUACUGCAUAAAACUCCAUUAUGUGUUCAGCUACAUCUUCUGAUUACUAGGUCACCUAUGUAUGCCUUUUCCAUUAUCCUGUAAUGCUACAGCACCAUAUAAGAUACCAUUUUAGUUUUACAGUUAGACGUUUUAUAGAUGGAUUUGAUUGGCAUAUGUCUCAUUUUGGGCAGUUGAAAUUUUGAACUUAGCCACAAGGCCAACCGUUCCAAUUUCUUAAAAGGUUUAUAGUAGUAUUUUAUUUUCGCAUUUUGCACUUUGAGUAAAACUAGCCUGUCUCACGAUGGUCUAAACCCAGCUCACGUUCCCUGUUAGUGGAUGAACGAUGCAACGCUUGGUGAAUUCUGCUUCACAAAUGAUAGGAAGAGCCGACAUCGUAGGAUCAAAAAGCAAUGUUGCUGAACUUUGCAAUUUAUCGGUUUAAACUUGAAAUGUGCUACUGUAAUAAAAAUCACUAAAUUGUGCUCAGCUAUAUCUCCUCAGUACAGAAUGACAUCCUUUGUAUACCCUUGUUACAUUUUUGUGAAAAUACAGAGUUAAAUUUAUAACCUGUCCAAUGCAGUUUUAAAAAGAAAUUACAAAUUGAAGAUGGGUUUAUGAUGCACUUUGGGACAUUCUAGUAGCUCACAUAUUUAAAUUACUCCAUAAACGACUCUCACAUGAUAUAUUUUGGGCUUUAUCAAGAUGCCAUUACUUUUUCAAACUUUGUGGUAUUAAUUUUUAUUUUUAAUUUUUGUUAUGCUUUUUUGAAAUCUCAUGUGUUCCAUUGUAAUAGAAUUAUCUCCUGAGUAAAACAAAACCCCACAUGUAUACCUUUGCAAAGUUACAGUCUUAAUCCCAGUGUAACUCAUUAAUCAUAAACAAACCUUAAUUCUAAACCAAAUCCUAACCCUAAAUCUAAUAAACCUAACCUUAAUUCUAACCCAUACCCUAAUUCUAUGCCUCAUCUAAUUUCCCCCCUACACCCCCCAUAUUACCUUUUUAAAAAAUCUUUAUUUUGUGCCCGGACCUAAGCCGCCAUCUUAGUAUGGGUAGAUGAAGGGUCUGUGGGACACCUCAUCUGCCCACACUAGAUAGCGCUGUGAAAUUCCUGCGCAUUGCCCAAUUUAACACUUGGGCAUUUGCUAUUGUCCGAAAAUCGGACGAAUGAAUGAAUAGAACUGUCAGACGAACAAACACUGAAUAUCGGUGUUUGUUCGUUCGUUCAGUUUAUUACAAGGAGGGAGCUACUGGCGCGCAGCUCCCUCCUUGUAAUAUGUAAAGAUAGAAGCGGCAGGGAGCCACUUCAUAAGCCCCCAUUUCUUCCCUCAAUCUAUGGGGGUCAAUACGACCCCCAUAUUAGCAUAACGGAGAUUGAAAUCUUCUGAAUGCCCCUACAUGCCUAUGGCUCACUAGAAACAAAAAAAGUGGAAAAGUGGCGCUAAAAAUCCAAUAUGAUGUACAGUGUGAGAAAGAUAUGUAAUAUACAGUGUGAGAAAGAUAUAUAUCUCCCAGUGUGUCUAAACACACCCAAGUGUAAUGUCACAAGAAACACUUACAUAAAUGAAUAAAUACAAAGAAAAAGAUGGUUACAAUGGUAUAUAGUAGUCUCUGGUUUUAUAUAAUAUUGAGAGCCAUAUAAGUUGGCUGUAAACUAUGAUGGCAUAUUUAUACAUCCAAUGUGGACCAAGUAUGAAGUAAAUAGUAACUUUAUUUGAAUAAAACUUAAGCAAAGUCCCAACCCAUUUAUCCAUGUAAAGAGGUUCCGGUUUUUGUUCGCCCCAUCCAAUGUUGGGGAAGAGGUAGCUUCUAUCUAUAGGUGUCCGGAAAGACCUUCCCAAGAUGGCAGCGCAUUGCGGCUAAUCACGUGUAGCCAAAUUACUUCCGGUUCCGUCUAGCAUUAGUAUUUUCGGCGGGCGUCAUCAAUAGGGGUUUUAGGCUCUAUUUGAUCGUCCUUCUUAUUCAGGGGGCGUGUACCGCUAGCCCUGUUGCGUCCAUGAUAUUCAAACGAGCAGUGCUCAAAAGAACCAUGAUUAGAAAGGGAAGAGAGUAAGGGCAGAGGAAUAGGAUAAAUGGAAACUCAGUAUAAAAUAUCAAGAUAUAAUAUAACAAAUUUGAUAGGACAAUUGAGGAUAUAAAAAAUAAAUUAAAUUGAUUUAAAAAAAUCCAUUUUGAAUUAAGAAAUAUAUAAAACACUAAAAAUACUAAUAAUCAUGCACAUAUAAUGAUCAACAAUUUAAAUAUGUCCCAAAUAGAAACUAGAGCAGGCAUAGGCAACCUUCAGCAUGGCAGUUGUUUUGGACUACACCUCCCAUGAUGCUUUGCCAGCAUUAUGUGUGUUAGAGCAUUAUGGGGGGUGUAGUCCACAACAUCUAGAGUGAUAUAAUAAAAAAAAAAAUUUAAAAUAAUAAAAAAUGAUUUAUCAAUCAAUAUUGUGAAUAAAGUUGCUGAAACAGAGACAGAGUGAAAAUUAAAAAUACUAAUAGUAAUAAAAAUAAGAUUUUAAAAUAAUCAACCAGAAUGUAACAAAUAAUUGGAAGGUGCAGUUACAAACUGUCCCUGGAUAGAUACAGGGUAACAGAUAGUUGAUAUUUGCACCGGAAUGCUCUACUUUGUACUAAACAAAGAUAUAAAUGAUAAUAUGGCACUACAGUAUAUAGAACUGUGUGCUGUAGCAAUGAAUGACAUUGAAGAGUGUGGGCAAUGGUAGAGAAAACUGGGUUAAAUAAUAAAAAACAGUUUAUUAAUAAAUGAAUGAAUAAAAAUGCAAAAAUUUAAAUUUCAUCAAAGAUACAGGUCAGUCCAUAGUUAGAAAUAGGUUACCAGUCUAGUGAAGUCCAAAAAAGUUCAAAGACCCUCGGAUUGAGCCAGGAUGGUGAUGGAUUGAGCUGGCAGUUGGUAUUCUGGAAUCCGGCUGCUGGUUGAGGACGGCGUGCAGGUCGGUAUGCACGUCCCAGCACGGACCUCACUCCGGGGGACGUACACAACUGACGGUCUCGGUUCACAGAUUAACCAAAGGUCCUGAUCAAAUAGGUGCUUCUGCUGCUGGUUGCUGCCAGGAUCUGAAUCUUGAUUGAGCGUGAUGUCUUACUCGUUUCGUGGGGAAAUAGCCCCACUUCUUCAGGAUGAGGACCAUUGCUACAACUUAACUUUAAAUACACAUCGUACUAAUUGAUAAAUCCCACAUAGCUCCAUAUUUGCAAUCUGGGAGGAAGUAACCAGCUGUCAUUUCCACCAAGCACUGCCAAGAUCACAGGGACCCAGUGGCAAUAUUAAAAGACCACAGUGCACAACCAGUACAUGGGCCAUAUGAUGGGCCCCCUGAAUAUGCAAGUCCUAGCAGUAGUUCCACUGAUGAUAUGACAUAUAAAACAUUAGAUAUCCUUUUUCAGUAAGUGUUUAGGAAAACUGUGCAAGUCACAUACAGGGAGGUGUGACUAGGGCUGCAUAAACAAAAUGAAUUAAUUCAUAAAUGGCAGAGGAUUUAGCAAUGGGAGUGCAGGGGCAUAAUCUAUGCACCAAAACCACUCCAUUAAGAUAAAGUUGUCUUGGUGCCUAUAAUGUUCUUGUAAUAUAUUAAAGUAAACACAACAACAUAGAUUAGCUUUGUCAGAAAGGACCAGAAAUUGACUAUGCAAAAGGCACAUAAAGCUUUAAAUAUUUAUCGACAUCACAUUAAGACAGAGUAAUAAAUUACAUUUGAUAUGCUGCAAGAUUUGCCAGCAAUUAUCAUACUUUGUAAAUGAAUUAAAAGGGAGGACUGAUGUGAUGGGGGUGGGGGUAAGCCAGAGCAAUUAUUUUAGGCAUUUGCACUGGUUCUGAACGUGAAAUCCUAUUCUGUGGAUUAUGUUUUUGCAAAGCAACUGUCUCAUUUGAACUCUUAAGUACCAACCAGCAGCAGAAGCACCUAUUUGUUCAGGACCUUUGGUUAAUCUGUGAACCAAAGAGCUAGAGGCAGGGUUGGAAUGUAGGUGGCUAUACCUAUCGUCGCGGAGUUAGCAGGCUCUACAAUAUCCACUAAGGAUUGUCCGGUACCAAAACUUGCUCCGUUUAUAGUAUGUAGCCUGAGUUUACGUUUAGUAACCCUUGAGAGCAAGUAGUGAAGAGAAAAAAAAAUGUCUAAAAAAUAAAUUAAAGGGGAAAAAAUUAAAUAUAUAUAUAUAUAUAUAUAUAUAUAUAUAUAUGUGUGUAUAUAUAUAUAUAUAUAUAUAUAUAUAUAUAUAUAUAUACUUGAGUGUAAGCCGACCUGAAUAUAAGCCGAGGCCCCUAAUUUUACCACAAAAAACUGGGAAAACGUAUUGACUCGAGUAUAAGCCUAGGGUGGGAAAUGCAGCAGCUACUGGUAAAUUUCUAAAUAAAAUUAGUUCCCAAUAAAAUUACAUUAAUUUAAUAUUUAUUUACAGUGUGUGUAUAGAAUGAAUGCAGAGUGUGUGUUUGUGUGUGUAUAUAAUGAAUGCAUAGUGUGUGUUUGUGUGUGUAUAUAAUGAAUGCAGUGUGUGUGUUUGUUUGUUGUGUGUGUAUAUAAUGAAUGCAGUGUGUAUAUAAUGCAGUGUGUGUUUGUGUGAAUGCAGUGUGUAUGUUUGUGCAGUGUGUGUAAACUGGGUGAGGGGAGGGAAUUUUUAUUUAAAUUUUUAAUUUUAAUAUUAUAUUUUAAGAAUAUUAUUUUAUUAUUAUUAUUAUUAUUUUUUGGCAUUGGCUGUUCAGUGGGGGGGGCUGGCAGCUCCGUUCUGCUUACAGUGUAAGUGCGGGUCUCGCGAGAGUUACACUGUGAGCAGAACGGAGCUGACAGGGGAGCUGCACGGAGGAGAAGGGAGCUGACAGGAGCUGCAGGAAGGUAAGUAACAGCUCACUGUCAGCCCCCAACAGAAUGUAAAUUGCCACAAUACAGACCUUGACUCGAGUAUAAGCCGAGUGGGGGUUUUUCAGCACAAAAAAUGUGCUGAAAAACUCGGCUUAUACUCGAGUAUAUAGGGUAUAUGGAAAAAGGUGAAAAUCAGAAAUAGAAUAUUACUCUUGUAAGUGAGUCACGAGUGUAUAGAACGUGAGUGUUAGUGCUCCUUGGUAGUGCAUCCAGGAGGCUUGCAUGCCUGGUGGGCUAGCAUAGUUUCCAUCUUGAGUCAGGUUGCUGGGUCUUGGGAAGGUCCCGCUUUUGGCAUGAAGAUGGUGAUGUUCGUUGGGUCCCAUAGAUCUCGAGGUGACUCUGGGUGCUGGAUUGCAGGCAAGUCGGGCAGGCCCAGCGCUGCCAUGAAGGCAGUCACUGCUUCUGGUGAGGUUAGAGUGCGCAUGGUCCCAUUGUGGUUUGUUUGUAGGGAGCCAUUCAUUCCCCAUCUAUAGGUCACACCAGCAUUUCUCAAUCGGCUGUGACUGGAUCAAAGGACUUUCUCCAUUACAAAGUUGUUCUGGUAAGGUAAGAAAGAAGGAGAGGUGGGUGCCUUCAAAGGCCUGUGAUGUGUUGCCCUUCAGGGCCAUCAUGAUUUGGAUUUUGCCUUGGACCAAAACACAGCGCAGGAUCACGUCCCUGACCAUAUUGGUGGGAGAUCUAGCGGAGCCUGAGAUGCAGUAAAUUCCAUCUAUGGCUAUUUUCUUGUGUCAGUAAAGUAGUUAAUAAGCGUCAGAUACAAUGCAGCAAUUCUUCAGCCGAGACUGCAGCAGGUAUACCUCAGAUUUUUAUGUGGGUUCAGCGUUGCCGAUCCUCCUAAGCAUUCAUGCGUGUUGAUAGUGCCCUCGUAGAUAGUGUUCAGUUUGUUGCUGUUGAACUUGAGGGAAGACAGGUUGGAUUGUACUUUCAUUAUAUCUUCCUCCGCGGUUCUGUGACUUUUUGGAUGUCAAGCUUGACAAGUUUCACAUCUGCGGCCAGCAAUUUUUGUAUGUCAGCCAGUAGUAUCUUGAGGUCCCGUUUUGUGAUACGGGCCGAGUCAUCAUUGGACUCUUGGGGCUGACCCAUCGGAUUUUCUGCCGUGGUGGUGUUGCCCUGCCUCACCAGCAUGGGAGUUAAGGGUGGUGCAGGGGGCUCAGAAGGGUCUUCCACAGGAGUAGGACCGAGUAGUGCUGCCCGCUGCAGCAUCUCCCCUAUGUCCCUGCCAGCUGCCGCAACAGUUGGCUUGUGCGAGCGGCGUGCUUUCGCCGGCAUAUUGGUGGCUGGGGUAGUGUCUGCAUACGAAGGUGCGUCCUUCGACCUUUCCGCGGAAGUCCGGCCAAGCAGUGUCCCCAGGUCCCGGAAUGGCGGCAUGUAGUAGGCCGCAGACAUUCGCCUCUGCUUAGGUUGUUUCGAUGCCUGGAAGAAAGACAUUGAUCAGUUCAGCUCACCAUCAAGGUGCUGGUGGGGGGGGGUGUGGUUCAGAGGGCUCGGUAAUGCACGAAUAUCUCGGUAAACCGAGUAGUUUGUUACGGAGCACUCAGAGAUGGUGUAAAGCUCUGCCCCUUCGAGAAGUCUUUUAAUUACACGUUGUUGUUAUUAUUAUUAUGUUAUUUAUAUAGCGCCAUCAAAAUUCCACAGCACUUUACAAUGGGUGGACGAACAGACAUGUAGUUGUAACCAGACAAGUUGGACAUGCAGGAACAGAGGGGUUGAGGGCCCUGCUCAAUGAGCUUACAUGCUAGAGGGAGUGGGGUAAAGUGACACAAAACGGUAAGGAUAGUGUUGGACUAGUGACAGUUGCAAGAGAGGAAUCAGUCGGGAGCUAUUAAUAAUUUAAUUGAUACGCUUUUAUGAAGAAGUGGGUUUUUAAUGAUUUUUUGAAGGAGUGGAGACUGGGUGAGAAUCCAGAAUACACGUUUAAUUUCCACUCUGUGGCAUAAGCAGUCCAAUUAAAUUCACAGGUACUGGGACAAGUACAUUUUAACCCCUAAAGGAGGGCGUGCUGUGCCAUCCUUGGUGACCCGGCUCUAAACGCUGGGGGGCGGCAUAGCACGUCCCCGCCGUCCUAUUCACUUACCCAUUGGGAUCGAUUCACUUACCCAUUGGGAACUAUCCAUGUGAUCGUGGGAUCGCCGGCAAUCGCGGUUGGGGGACUCACCUGGCAUCCCAGGGAGUCCCCCUGCCCCUGUUUCGGCCCUCCUGGGCCAUGUGAUCUCGAGGUCCUGGCGAGGACCUCACGAUCACAUGAAUAGUAUAGCUGUCCACAGCAUAUAUAUACACAUACAAUGUCUAACUGUAUUUUAAUAUAAAUAUAAUUAUAUAUGUAUAUUAAUAUCAAAAUACACGUAGAAUGAUAUUGAUUAAAUAUAUAUAAUUAUAUAUAUAUAUAUAUAUAUAUAUAUAAUAUAACAAAUAAAUGUCAAUUUAAAAAAAAUUAUUUUUAUAUAUAUAAUAAAUAUACGUAUAUAUUUUUGUAAUAAUUUUACAUAAUUAGGUCAUUUUAUUAAUUACAAUUUCCAGGACCUGUCUGACAACCCAGGCCGAAAGUCCAGGGAAUUUAAUUUGCUAGCACUAUAUUGAACCUUGUAACUUUCCAAGACACCAUAAAACCUGUACAUGGGGGGUACUGUUUUACUCGGAAGACUUUGCUGAACACAAAUACAUCCUGUUCCAAAUUAUUAUACAAAUUCUAUUUAAGUGUCACAAAGAUUAAAUAUUUUGUUUUUCAGUUUAACUCAUGGAUGGCAUUGUGUCUCAGGGCUCUUUUGAUCACUGAAAACAAUCUCGGACACCUGUGAUAAUUAGAUUGCCAGGUGAGCCCAAUUUAAGGAAAAACUACUAAAGGAGGGUGUUCCACAUUAUUAAGCAGAGCAUUAUUUUCAUGCAAUAUGGGGAAGAAAAAGGAUCUCUCUGCUGCCGAAAAGAGUGAAAUAGUUCAAUGCCUUGGACGAGGUGUGAAAACAUUAGAUAUUUCACGAAAACGUAAGCGUGAUCAUCGCACUAUUAAGAGAUUUGUGGCUGAUUCAGAGCACAGACGGGUUCGUGCAGAUUAAGGCACAUUGAGAAAGAUUUCUGCCAGAUCCAUGCAUCGGAUGAAGAGAGCAGCUGCUAAAAUACCAAAAUAUAUUUGAAGCUGCUGGUGCCUCUGGAGUCCCACGGACAUCAAGGUGUAGAGUCCUCCAGAGUCUUGCAACUGUGCAUAAACCUUGCAGUGUUUACAUUGUGCCUCGUAACACCUCUAGUGGCAGUUACUCAGGCAGCCACUAGAGGUGCUUCUUGGGUCAGUGCUGCAUGCUGCGCAGCGCUGAAUGUCCACCAUAGAGAUGCAGUGAUUCAGUGCAUCUCUAUGAGGGGAUGCUGAUUGGUGCAGCGUGGCAUUUUGCCACACACAGUGGUGUAUCCUGGUUUUGUGCUGCCCUAGCCAAGAGGAUGGAGCCAGCCACAAAGAGACAUGCGUGGCGCUGGAAAAAGGUUGUUUUUAAUACAGGGAAACUAGGGCCGGCCAACUAAACGGCACUAUUAGAGCUACAUUGUCAGAAAUACAUGUUUGUAUUCCUGACACUAUAGACUUCUUUAAAAUGUAAAAUUCACUUUGAAAUCACUUUAGUGAAUAAUCAUGUUCUAAGCAAAGCCUCUAAAUUUGUGAUUCAUUGUUGAUUAUAUAUUAUGAGAUUCUCUAAACAUAAAUUAGUUAUAAAAUUAGUCGUUCGAUUAUAGAUUAGUAAAGAGAAAAGCAAAAAAAAGUUGCUAACACAAGAAAUUACAACUGAAUAAAUGUUUAAUUCCAUUAUGAUACAUCAGUUGACAGUUGUGCAUUCUGGGAGCAAGACUUUCUCGAAAAGAAGCUUCUUUUCAACACUUUUUGAGUUUUCACACUCAAGUAUUGAUUUUGCAAACUGGUCUUUUAUUGGAAAUUUUUUGAGUGAUACAAAAUCAAAGACCUGUUUGACAUAACAUUCUUGAGAAUAUUAACCCAGCAACAAUAUCAAAGUGAAGACUUAAAAUGGAGGGGAGGGGUGUCUUCUACAAAAGAACAUUAAUUAAAGCAAGGAUGGUCCUGUUUCUAUAUAUGUGCACAAAUAAAAGUACUGGGGGUGCUGUCAGUUUGAAGCCUCAGUGAUGUAUAGUGUCUGCCGAGAGCAGGAAUCUCAUUAAAGUGGUAUGGGAGCAGUGAACCUGUUGUUUUGCUGUCUGACUUUAGUGUACUAUAAAGCAUUACUCUGGCAUAAUUCAUGUGGUAGUUAAAGGGGAACUUUAUCACUUUCCAGGAUUUUUACUAUUAAGUUUACUUAUCGCUAUUUUUAACAUGUAUGCUUUUUUGAGGAGUGAUAAAUUAAAUAUAGAAAUCCAUAUAUUUAACCUGCAGUGGGCUCCCUGUCAAUCAUGGGUAUAAGCUUCACCCUUUGCAUUUGUCAAUCAGAAUAGAGAAAGCAUACACUUGCAUAUAAGCAUACAUAUAGUUAAUCUUCAAUAUUUUAUUCUUUAGUAUAAUUUCCAGAUGUUACCCCUUUAAGUAAGAAGCCAGAUAUGAUGACAUUUAUCUCUACAGUGAGAGUUGCUAGGAAAUGAUGCUUCUCUGUAAUAGAAGUCCAGCUCAGCAGGGCAUCUUAUCCCAAAUUCCCUCCUCUCUGGUAUUCCAAAUUUUCCUUGCCAGGGCUCAGUUAUCACUUGUGAUGUAGGAAAGAUGAGCACUGCAGUAUAUUGUAUAUUCCCAUGCCACAAUAGUACAUAUAGCAACCAACAUACUAGACUAAGGAAACCUGUGGGAUGAUUAAGAAGGCACAUAUCGGCCAGGCUAGUCUAAACUCUUGGAAUGCAUGACAAUACGUUAAGUCUAUUUUAGAUUUUGCAACCAAAUGCUUAGAACUGCUUUUCUGGACAAGACAGACUAACAUAAAGGAAGAAGGAACUUUGCUGUUAUCGAAAAGGAAACAAAAUCAGGAGUGAAGUUAGCAGAUCAGGCUGUUGAAUAUUGCAAUAAUGGAAAAGUACCCUCCUUGCAUAGCUUAGGGUACAUCCAUGCAGACAGAUUAGUCUGAAAAAGAAGAAUAUCCACCACUCCGUCUUUUAAAGCAUUUGUAUGUCACCAAAAAUAAAUUUAAUCUGACCUACUUUUAUGUAGCACCCUGUGUCUGAAUAGACUUAUAUUUUUUUCAUGAUUGCCCUAGUUUUCAUAAAAUAGGGACUCCUUUUCCUUAAGUAUAGCAGGAAAGUUGACAAAAUUGACAAAGGAGGAGUUUGACCAAGGUUCUAUCUCAGUUACCAAUCACACUUACCCACAACCCAUCAGUCAAAGGAAUUCCACAAGAGGUCAAAGAGCAGAUAUCAUUGGCAGAGGAGAACAAAAUGGCUGUGUCCAGAUAUGAUGAGGUCGGGCACAAGGGUGAAAACAUAAUACAUUAAGUAAAGGCAAGGGGAUAGCAUAAUAUAUAUCUAAAAUACAAUGGGCAUAAGGAAAGGAAAACUGAAAAAAUGCUGACAUAUUUCAUUUUUUUUUUUUUGUCUUUCAUUUUUAGGAGAAUCGAAAUGCAGCAUCCAUUUAUUUCCCAGCUCCAUGAGAAUCGUAAUGAUGUACUGUGUGUCCUGAAAGAAAAAAUAGUGACCACCCAAACAUGUGUGAUGACGGAGCACACUCAAGCAGGGGAAGCAGUUGGUGGUCAUAUUGGUAUUAAAGGAAAGGUGGUAAAGGUAAGAUUGGAUUUCUCUCCGUUCUCCGUCUCAAUUGAUGUAUUGUUGGUUUUGUAUAUUCUGUUGACAAAUUGCACCACACACCAGCUGUUGUAGAAAUUAAGGCUAGGUCAGCAAAAGGGUGCUGCCUUUUAACCAUCUCUGCUGUAGAGACUGACGCCAGGAAACCUGUGGAAAAUGUUUUGAAUGCUACUGAGUUAAAAUAAGAAAAAGUACAUGCCAUAGUUUAAAUGUCAUUCAUUAAAAUUCUCAUUGCAAUAAAAUCACCCCUUUAUAGCUUUCAGUUCCAUCUUUGUGACCCAUCACAAGCACUCUGCUAGAACCAAAUCAUUUUCUUGUGCUUCUCUGCUCCCGAGUGAUGUCAUACAUCAUUGUCACUGGACUCUCAAUCAUCAACUUAGCCAUGGCCCACUUGGGCUUACUGUUCAAACCCUCUGCCCUCUGAAGGGGACACCAAUCAUUGUCUUAAUUAGCCCAAUAGCGUGUUCAUUGAUUUCAGUACUUUCCUGAAUUAGGUUGGUUUUCACGUUUCCUGUAUGUAAUUUUCGAUACUUCUUGAUUUUGAUUUGUUUCAGAAUAUUCUUACCUCUCUCUUGGGUGUCCACACUAAAAUCCUAAAUUCGUAUCUAUCCUGUGGUUUUCAUUCUGUCUUCUUUUGACCUAUUGUCUGCAAGUUAGGGUAAAUAAAUUCUCACAAACAUCACACAAACAUGCCACAUCACACAGUUUCUGUUAUUAUCAAACUGUUCCCCGUGCCUCUUUGCCACCAGACUUGCUGAGGAGGUGUAGCCGGCAGGCACACCUAACAGCUUCAUUCAGUAUUCAUAGGUGCACUCCACCCGUAACUAAUGUUUGCUGCAUUAUAUUGUAAUCCAUCCCUACCACCACCACCCCUACUCCAUUUUCAUUUACAGACCACUAAGUGCCCAUAUUUUGUUUAUGAUGUGUCUUAUAGUCUUAUAGCAACGGAUUUUGUUCAAUGCACAUUGUCCUUUUAAAUUGUAAGCUAACGUGCCUUUUACCGUAGAACUUUGUAUAAAACUGCUGCAGAUGUUUGCAGAUGUUUGCAGAUGUUUGCUUAACAUCCACUGUCAGGUUCUCUACUCCUUUUUAUGUCACUAUAUCUAUUUAUUUAUCACCUAUCUGUAAUAAUUUCUAGAUUUUGUAAACUUCACUGAAUAAGAGCACUAUAUACGAACUAUUAAAUAAAUAAAUGCAUUGAACUCUGAAUUCACUGCUGCCUAUAGCCAGGAAUAAGCAUCCUUUGACACUCCAGAUGUUGUGGACUACAUCCCCUAUAAUGCUCUUACACCUAUAAUGCUGGCAAAGAGUCAUGGGAGGUGUAGUCCAAAACAUCUGCAGUGCAGAAGGUUGCCUAUACCCAUAGGGGAAUUGUUACUACAUGAUGUCACCAUUAGAAAAUAGGUGUAUAUAUAUGUUGUGUGUGGAUUCUAAGGCCAGAAUAUGAUGUUGGCAUUAGUAUUAGGAGAGGAAUUAUGUAUGUACUGUGUGUGGAAUCUAAGGUCACAACAUAACAGAAUUAGAGGAAUUUGAUGUAUAUACUAUGAGCUGAUUGAGUGGUCAGAGUAUAAAGAGCAUUAGGGGAAUUUGAUAGAUAUAUAUAUAUAUAUAUAUAUAUAUAUAAUAAAGAAGUGGACGCUUGGCACUCUCCUUGUAUAAAUAUAAAGAUAUCUUGCCUGGGUGCUAUAUCCUUAACGCCAAAAAUAUACAAAAAUACAAAAACAGGAUGCACUCACAGGUCUUCAUCAAAGUGAAAAAAUUGUGUUUUAUUAAUCCAUUAGAUGUGUACAAAAAUCAAUCGACCGUUCGACCCUGACGGGUCUUUUUCAAGAUCAUUAAAUACAGAUCAUAAAUGUGUUUAUAUACAAAAUAUAACAAUACAUAAAUUCUAAAUCGUGGGAAAAUCCUCAAUAAUCAACACAAAGAAACGACAUGAGAGCCAAGGCCAAGGCUCUCAUGUCGUUUCUUUGUGUUGAUUAUUGAGGAUUUUCCCACGAUUUAGAAUUUAUGUAUUGUAAUACUUAACUCAUAUUGGAUGUAUGCAGUUAUCAUACGCUACACCUCACAAACGACUUGCAACAUAGGUCUGCUAGCUGCAUUAUGUUUUUAUUUAGUAGAUUCUAUCUAUUCCAUUAUUAGCAUUACCAUUUAGCCAUUCACAAUAUGAUUAGGUUUUGUUUAAAAUUUAUCAUACAAAUUUUAGAGCAUGAGGUCAUAUGUACACAGCAUUAACAUGUGGCUGUGUCUUUAAUAUAUACAUUUGUUGUUUCAGUUGACAUGGUCCCUUUUUUUAUGGAGAAUUCUCGCAUUAUUGUUCACCAUUGAAUACAUAUUGGAUAUAUGCAAUAAUUAUAUGUUACACACGACAGGUUGUCUUGUGUGGCAAUACAGGUCUGUUAGUUAUACAAUGUUUUUGUUUAACAUAUGCUAAUUGUUUAGUAUAUAUCAUUUUAUUCUUCUUUCCUAUUGUCGUGAUCAGCUCUUACCGAUCCAUAACAGUAUUAUGUUCUGUCUAAGAUUAAUGUUCUUCUGUAAAUUGAUGAUUGUUAUUAUAAUUAGCAGUAUGUACUUAUUCUGUGCGACCUUGCUAUGUUUUUAAUACUAUGUGUUCUAUUAGGCAUUUUCUGAGUAGCCUUCACAUGUUUUAGUCACUACACUUGUGUUAUAUGUUUUCACUUUAUAUGGGCUGCACUUUUUCAUUGGUUCUUCGGUCUACUCAUAUUCUGGCAUUAAUUGCCACUAUUCCCUUUUAGUACAAUCUAUUGAUAGUCCUCCAUAGCGUUCUGCUUGUACCCGAUCGGUACUCUGUUUACUAUCACUAUGGUAACCACUUCAUUCCGCCGUGCGUCUGAAUCACGUGACGUCACGGGCGGCUCCCAUUCAAUUCCGGGUUGUAACGGGCAGAGACACUUCACUCCACUUCGUUGUUUGGUAAGUGUUAUCUUUUACAUUUUGUAUAUAAACACAUUUAUGAUCUGUAUUUAAUGAUCUUGAAAAAGACCCGUCAGGGUCAAAACGUCGAUUGAUUUUUGUACACAUCUAAUGGAUUAAUAAAACACCAUUUUUUCACUUUGAUGAAGACCUGUGAGUGCAUCCUGUUUUUGUAUUUUUAUAUAUAUAUAUAUAUAUAUAUAUAUAUAUAUAUAUAAUGUGGAUUCAUUGUGAGGUCAGCAAAUAAUGUCAUAUUCGUGAUAAUUGCCUUGAGGAAAGAUUCUGCAGAACUGUAUGCUUGUAAAGUAGACACAAGAAACACAAUGUGUACUGUACUGGUGUAGGUAAGCUACAUCAGAGCAGUUAAGUAUAUACAAGGCGUAAGUAUAACUAUUAGUGCUUUGCUUGAUAAAUGCUACUUGAAUUCAGAAGAAAAAAUUGUUCAUAUCAAGGAAAUAUUAUCCACCCACAAUAAACAUCUACCAUUCCUGGAAUAAAAUAGCACUCACGUACAUUUGUGCAAUAAAUGCCAUAUUAUCUUCCUUUAAGCCGUAAUUCACAACAAACAUUAAAAAGCAUAGCAGAAUUCAAAGCUAUUCUGCUUAAAUUUGUAAAAAAGUUCUGUCUUUUUGGAUUCAGAAAACCUUGAACCUCAGGAUUAUUGUAAUCAGAUAAUUUAUUUUACAUCAAAUUCUUGUCAAACCCGCAGCCGGUGAAAUUUAAAGGAGCACUAUACUCACCCAGACCACUUCAUCUCAAGUGGCAAGGAGAUAACAUAAAGUUUUCAUUGUGCGAUCUACACACCUUACACUAACAGCCACAAGAUAGGGCUACCGCACCUACAACCCAGUCAGACUCUCUUUUUUGACGUUUAAUGUCCUAAUGCACUGCAGAAGGAUGUAGAGUGCUCUGUGAUGCUUUUCAUAGAAAAGACUGGCUGAGCGUGGCGUUUCCCAUGCAUGCACUUUUCAGCCAAAGUGCUUCUCUGUGAAGCAUUUGAUUGGAUGAAAAGUCAGAAUGAGGUCAUCAUGCUUGAUGUUGAGAAAAGAAGCUGCAGCAAACGUGUUAUCACGACACUGGGACUGGAUACAAGGCAAGUAAACAAUAGCUUCUAACAUUUGUGCAAUCCUCUACUUUCAAACACCAAUUAAAACUGUGCAAGUGGAAAAAAAACCUGAAUGAACUAUACCUGUAAAAAAGAUGGGGGAUAUAAAGUUUAUUGAGUUAUUUUCUUAAUAGUAAAAAUAAAUAUUUAUUUGCUUCCAUAUAUUUGCCACCCACACACAAUAUAGACAUAUACUUCCCAACACAUUUACAUACUGCCAAACUGCACUGCUCAGACACAUCGCACCCCUCACACAAGCACACACAUUGCACCCCACACUCUGCACUACUAUACACUAGAUCCCCUAUAAACACUACAUCCCGUAUACACACACACUCUACAGUCCCAUCACACAUUGCAUCAUGUAUAAAAACAUACACUACAGCUUUUUUCUCAUACGAGAGUGCUUCAGCAGGGCUUUGCGCAUGGACUGCCGUGGAAGAGCAUUGAACCAACAUGCUCACUUUGAGAAGGAGCAUGCUUAUCAUUGGUGAUGACAAAACACCCCUUCUCUGGCCCUUGCCUCUUUCUCACUCGGCUGCUGUGAUUCAAAAAUGCCUGGCAUAAUUUUUUUUCCCCAGUCCAGCCUGGCACCACACAUCAUAGACCGCUAGAACAAACACCCAUCACAACCAGCACAUACCACACAUAUUGCACACACCAAUCAUAGUCAGCACUCACUGCACACACCUAACACACACUGUGACGAAGGGACUAUGAGAGGGUAGAGGAUGAGACAUUUGGGGUAAGUCACAAAACUCCAUAAUUGUGCAAAAUAAAUUCAAAUGUCAAAACUAAGGCAAAAUAGUCAUGUUGUGACUACAAAGUUAGAGGAUUUACAAGAAGCAUAGAGGAUUUUACCAGAUCACCUAUUUGUGCCACCGCUUUCCAUUAAAUAUAAAAAAAAAUAAAAAAUUCAGAGUUUAGCAAGUAGAGCUGUCAAUGCCCAGGGCUGUUGGCGAGGCCCACAGUCUUUGUAAUUAUUAGUAUUUUGUAUCAGGACAAGUAGAUUGUGAUGUUCCUUGGACAUGUAGAUUUUUUUGAUCUGGGGUGCCAGGGUUGUUCAUCAUUGGUAGGCUCAUAACUACUAAGCAAAGCAGGGGAAAAUAAUUUUUAAAAGCCACAAAGAAAGGCUUUAUGGAAAGAGAGAGAGUAGAAGACAAUUUAAUUUUAAGUUGUAUAAAAGAGUUACAGCAUUUUAUGUCUUCCUGUUUCUUCAUAUCUUCAUUUUAUUAUCCACAAACCAUAGACCCAGGUAGUUUUAUUGUGCGUUGUAGGAAGCACUGCUGAGAAUGGUACAAUAGACAAGUCAUUUGUCUGUUAAAGUUUGGUACAGAAACUUUUUAUAUCAGGAAAGAAAACCAAAUUGGACGGAAAUGCUAUGCCUCUGAUGCUACAUCCCUCACUCAGUAAAUGCUUUAGUAACCGUUACCGGUGAGUUAAAACACAACAAAAUAGAUGAGUUUUUAAUUAAAAGCCUUCCUGGCCUGCUGCGAUUAGGUGCAUGUGUUGCUCACUGACAUAGUUGACAUAUCUUUCGAUUUUAAUUUAACAAGUAACUUUCACCUUUGACUUGAUGAUAUAAAUAAGUUAAAGGAUGUUCACACAACACAGAUUUUCCACUCUCCAGCAGAGACACCAGCUCCCAGGAACCUUAGCUAUGAUAAAUGAAGACUGCAGCAUCCUUUUUUGUGCUAAUAGUAACAUGUCAUCUCUGAAAAGCUCUACUUAGUGUGAUAGUUUUUCAAACCAUAUUUUAAUUUUAGUUGUGCAUAGUCUUCAUUUAGCUAUCUUUAGGUUGAUGACAGUUUAGAUUCCAUUCACCACAGUAUUGAAGGCCUUUGAAGUGUUAUCUGGAGUACAGGAGCCAACAUCUUCACAUGAUGCCCCAUGCACAUGAUGUGGACAUCUUCUAUCAAUUAUGUGCAUCAAGUAAGAUGCUUGUUCUCACUUGUUUAUAGCAUCAUUGGAUGCCAGUGAUCUGUGUACUUUGCCACAUUCUGUUUAAACAGCCUUUAUAUGCUGCAAAUCAAAAUUAUAUUGUAAACUUUGACUUUUGGGUUGUACAUAUUUGUAGAGGGGGCAUUUCCUCUCUAACUUCAAUUGUAAAUGAAACAGUCUACUUCAAAAAUCAUUUGUCAAAUCUUUUUUUGUUUUGUUUUUGUUGUGCAGGUAGAUACACAGCAUCAGAAAACACCAGAACAGCGUACAUAGUCAUACAGGCAAAACAGUGGCAUGAGUAAUUGCACAGUUUUAGUGUUUUAUGGACAAGCGUAACAUAACUGGUUUAACGCAGUAGUAAAAUAUAGUAUAUGUGUGAGGUAAGACUGUUACGUGAGAGUUACGUAGUUUAGGUCAGGCUAGGUACUGUGUGGUAGAGAGUGGCAUGCUUGGUUAACCGUUAACAUAAACAAUAAGAAAACAAGUUAAGCUUAGUGUGCUGCUAGGGUUUAUACAUGGUGUGCAUACAUGAAAUAUUUUCACUAGAGAAAGUUGGUUAAAUCUGCGUGUGUAAUGUUACUAACAGAGGUAACUCCUGGGUUGCUUCGACAUAAUGUAGGAUGUGUCCACAUAAAAGCAUGUAGGUUUAAAAACAGUGGUGGCAUAAGACUGGUGGCAACAUCAGCAUGGGUACAGAAGGGCAGAUAGAGUAAAGCAUGUAGUAAUAGAAAUUGUGGUAACAUAGUAGUAUAAGAGCUAGCUGAACCAGUAUCCUAGCAUCUGUCCAGGUGCCAGCUGCAAAUCCAAUUCUGAUGCACAUUAUUUCCCAUUGCGGCAAGACUGGGGGAGCGUUCAGGCGAAGAGCUAGAGUUGUCGACGGAUGCAUUUGCUCAGAUAUCAGCUUGGGAGCAGCAGUCAGGUGAGAUCGGUGAUUCGGCCUAUGCUGCAUGCGGGCCACUGCAGACAGUCUCUAUCCAGACUAAGGAUGGGGUAUACAAGAUGGCCAGAACCUCCUCGGGUUCCAGGUCCUGCAGCCAACAACCAUCCUCGCCCGCCACCCUCUCUCCGUGUAGCUUUUAGGCAAAAUCCUGGUGAUUUUAGGAAGCCCCGAUUGGCAUUGGAGCUAGGGGUUUUCGCAGCCUGGUGGGGCUGUGGAAGUCCUUCUGUGGGAGAGAGUCUCUGCGGGGGGGCUCUGCGAGCUUGUUGCUUGGGUGGUCUUCUCCGGCGCCUGGGUGUUUUACCGUUCCUUCUUGGAGGCCUCGGCAGGGAUCGCUGAGCUGCCGGAGGUUAGUGGUGCAGCAGGGAUUCCCCUAUUUGCCUCUUUUCGAGCUUUCACCAGAAUGCUUCAAAGAGUAAGUCGAGUUUCAUGUCAAAUCUUUUUUUUAAAGAAUGAAAUCCCCCCACUAGCCACCAUUGUCUGAUUGUGUAAUUGUGGGCUCAGUCCUUAAAAGCAGCGUAAUGUCUGUGAAUAUAAUUUUAAUGUAUGGAACAAUAUUUCUCAGGUGUCUGUUAAUGAAAAUGGAAAAUUUAUGAAAGAUGAAAACACACUUCUUGAAAUACCUGCUCCCACUGUUAUCGCUUUUGGUGUUGUGGAACUAUAUGUAAAACAAGAUGGCCGCUUUGGUAAGUAAGCUGUGGUAUCUUUUAUAAUCUUUACAAAGCAAAGAGUUAAUCUGCAUGUUAAACGAUAAAAUUGAAUGAGGUAUUUUACAGUGCAAUAUUUUUACGAACACUUUACGAAUCAGUGUGCUCUUAUAAUAUAAUUUGAUCCAUAUUUAUAUAGUAAUUUCUUCUAGGCUAACAUUUCACAGUAUUUAUCGUUGAGAAUGUGAGAUCCACACUAACAAUAAUUAACAGGGUUUGCUAAGAUUCCUAGUUAGCAAGAAGGGAUUUGGUGAGUAACACCUUGUAAGUGAGAAAGGGUAGAUCAUUAUAGCUGGUCUGGUGCCUAGCUAUUAUUUUCAUCCUUUUCAUAUUAUACACAAGUUACUGGGUAAAUAAUAGCUGUUAUGCAGUGACCUAAGGGAUCACCAAGCUAAAUAGUUCUAAUAUAAAAGAACCAGGGGUAUACCAAUUCCCGUGGUCUCUAAGCCUCCUGCCCCAAUACAGUGAACCUCUCCAACAUAGGGCAAGGUGAUGUCAAGUCCUCAACCGCAAUAGAUAAACUUACAUGAUAGCUUUGCAUGUUACAUUACUAACAAGAUGAAACAGUUAAGGAAUGAAUUCUCCCCCCUUCUCACCACUCUAUCUCAAACUCACUUGGACCAUACCACCCCUACCCUCCAAGACUUCCCUCUAGCUACUGAAUAGGAGGUGGCUGCGCUUCUCCUCUCCUCUCGUCCCACCACCUGUCCGCUUUAUCCAGUACCUUCCCACCUCAUCAGAGCUCUCACCACUUGUCUUGUACCAUCAUUAACACACAUCCUAAACUGCACUCUUUCAUCUGGUGUCGUCCCUGCUCCCCUUAAGCAUGCUACUGUACCCAUCAUUAAAAAGCCAUCCCAAGACCUGUCUUCCACUUCCAACUAUCGUCCCAUACCCCUUCCUUUUUCCUCAAAGCUUCUAGAAAGACUUGUCUUUACUCGUAUGACUCACUUCCUAAAGUCCAACUCCCUUCUCGAUCCUCUUCAAUCUGGCUUUUGCCCCUUCCACUCAACUGCUCCUAUUAAAGUAACAAAUUACCUAAUCACAGCCAAAUCCAAAUGCCACUACUCCAUACUAAAUCUUCUUGACCUCUCUGCUGCCUUUGACACUGUUGUUCAUGGCCUCCUUCUCCUAACUCUUUAAUCUCUUGGUCUCUGUGAGACAGCCCUCUCAUGGUUCUCCUCCUGUCUCCCCAACGCUCCUUUAGUGGCUCUUUCCAACAGCAUUUUCUUUCCUCGUCCUGUCUCAGUCGGAGUCCUUCAAGGCUCAGUUCUUGGUCCCCUGUUGUUCUCUCUCUAUACUACCUCUCUUGACAAACUCAUUAUUCAUUUGUAUUCCACUACCACCUGUACGCUGACAACACCCAGAUAUAUCUUUCCUCCCCUGACCUCUCCCCUGUUGUCCUACAACAUGUCACCAAUUCUCUUUCUUCUAUCUCUGAUUGGAUGCCCUCCUGCUUUCUGAAGCUCAAUCUCUCUAAAACUGAGUUUCUUAUUUUUCCUCCUCAUAACACCGAUCCUUCUCCUUCACUCUCCCUGCAGGUUGACGGUACCUGCAUCACCCCAUCCUUUCAAGCUCCCUAUCUUUAAGUCACUUUUGAUCCGGGCCUCACCUUUGCGCCUCAUGUCCAAUCUGUUGCUAAAACCCUUUCGAUUCCAACUUAAAAACAUUGCCUGCAUACGCCCCUUUCUUACGCAGGAUGCUGCCAAGGAGCUUGUUCACACUCUAGUAAUCUCUUGUAUCGAGUGCUGUAAUUCUCUCCUAAUUGGUCUCCCAGGAUGCCCUCUGUGUGUCAAACUAGUCUGGUUACAAUUACCUGUUUCACUUCACCCAUUGUAAAGCGCUGCAGAAUUUGUUGGCGCUACAAAAUGUAUUUAUUUAUUUUUAAAAUAUUUUACCAGGGUGGAUACAUUGAGAUUUCUCUCGUUUUCAAAUAUGUCCUGGAUCCACAAAACAUUGCAUUAUUACAAUAGGAUACAAUAUUACAAAAAAUACAAUAUAUAUAUAUAUAUAUAUAUAUAUAUAUAUAUAUAUAUAUAUACACACACAUAUAUAAAUUUAACAUAUAACAGGUGAUAAAUAUAUUUAAUCAUGACUGGUGUAUUCUGUGCUGAGGUAUAUUGCGAUAGAUCUCAUAUAAUAUAAUAAUCAUAAUAAUGAAGGAGGAUCUUGCAAGACCGCCGUGCCCUCUGUAAACAAAGCCUAAAUCCCACAGCCCUCAUUUGUUACUGCUUCUGGGAUUUGCCAAAAGUUGAUGGUGGAACUCUGCCUUUUGGCAACUUCAGGCUUUACUGUAAGACAAAGAAGUCCCUAAAUUGUCUUUUAAUAUCUUUGGAUUGCGAUGGAAUUUCAAUGAAAUUUCAACAUAGCCUUAAUCAGUAUGUCAUGAAAUACUGGAAAAUGACAUCCGCUUCAAAGAAUUAACAUUUUGAAGGAUACGUGGGUUAGCUUAUUUAAAAUAUUUUCACAAGCAAUAAAGGCUCAUUUAAAACUUUGUUGUUGUUUUUUUGUUUGUUUUCUUUCAAGGUUUGUCAUCUUGAAUACUGGUGAUUACCCGUAGUAAAUAAAAUAAUAAAUAAAAUAAUACGAGAAAAUAGUAAUAAAUAUAAAUAAAUAAAUAAAAUAGUAAUAAAUGUCAUAAAUAAUAAUGGCAGCUAGAAAAAUAAUAUUACAUAUAAACUGAACCUGAGUUGUAAAGAACAUUUGAGAAGAGGGGGGACGUAAGCACUGAAAGGUUGCAUACCCAUUCCCUGUUGAGAAAAUAUAACAUUUGGGUAUUAAAGCACCCUUGUCUCCCUUGUGAGCACAGCAGUGACAGAGCCUUCUCUGUAAAUAACUGCACAUAUUCUUAUACCAUGGAAUUAAAAACAUCCAGCACCCCUGCAGCUACAUCCCUGAAAUACCUAUUAUUUGGUGAAGACGUAUUAUUAUCGCUUAUAUGGAAGAACUGUUUGCUCAUUUCUUCUCAAAUAUAUUCUUUGUACUCCAACAUGCUGGAUAUUGCAUCUUUAGCAUUAUUUCCCCUUCAUCCAUCAUCCAUCUCGUGUAAAUCUAUUUAAAAAAAACGAAGCAGAUGUUUUUACGUAAUGUAUACUUUGUAAUGUACCACCUUACAUAAUCCCUGUGUUAUACACUCCUUUCAUCUUGAUGAUCAGCAAUGAAUUUGUCUCAUUUGAUCUUUGAUAUUCAACCUUUUACAAAUUGGUGGAGUUUCUGUGAGACUUUGUUAUGUUGUUGCCUACAUUCUAUUAAAUCUCGAAAACCUGUAACUGUAAGUCAUGAUGACUUGACUGACUGUUAACAUUCUCUGAGAAAACGGAUUGUCCAGAAAAGAAACACAGUCAUCAGAGUGAUUGAUGAUGUUUUUCUGAAGGAAGCAAUGUUUGUCCACAUAGCUAUAUCAAACAAUGGAAGAACUGCAUUGAUCCCUGUCUGCACACAUGCAGAACUAAUUUCAUCAACCUGUAAAAGGUUAGCCCCUUAGCCAACGCCGCAGCUCCACAAACCUCCAGAUAAAGGAAAAACAUCAAAUGGAAAAUAUUUAAGUGUUUGCUGUGGAAGGCAAGUGUAUUUGAAUAACUAAGCAAGCUUUUAAAGGAUUGGAACUGACACGAUGUUUUUGUUUUAAUGCAUUGCAUAGGUAAUGCAUUUCAAAGGCACUCUAAUAACCAAUGCAAAGCAAUACUAAGAAAGAUAAAUCUUAAGUUGCUGUAUUUGACCAUCUUUAUUCAUCCGUAUGUUAAUAAACACACAGCCAAACAUCAUUUUAUUUCCAGUUGGUUCAAAUGUAUCACAAUAUAUGUAUGUCUAAGUUAGACCCUUUAGUGAGUUCAACCUUUAAACUGACUGUAAGUAGCAGAUGAGUUGAGAUAGCUCAGUGGGCUAAUAAAAUUACAUAACAUUAAAUUGGGUAAUAGUAACAUUCCCUGGAUCUUGGGCUAAAGUAAUAUCCCAAGGAUGUGUGGUGGAAUCUCGGUAAAAAUAAAUUUAGUGGGCCGAGAUUACCACGUGGCAUGUGUACGUGCAUAUGCUGACGUAUCGAUCAGUUGGUUGCACGAGGCAAGAUACGAUCAGUAGUGUACGGAGCAUGUCUUAAGAAUACAGGAUGUAGUAUUCCCCUCCUCCAUUGUGCUGGACAAGCCAUGCGUUAAAGCUAUAAGUUAAUUCUUAUUUGUAAUGAUUGGUCAAGAGAAUAUGCGGGUGGAGCUUAAUAUGGGAGGAGUUAUGUGCCUAGCGAUUGAAAGUAGAUAGGAAGUAAUGCGCCAGCUGUCUUUAUCAAUGUUUCUCUGUAACUAGUUUCCAUCUGUAAAGUGCGCGGCUCAGUAUCCUCCAUCUCUUUACGCUGCAGCUGCCACAUUUGGUGAGGUCAUGUAUGAAUCUUCCUGUGGUGCGUGCCGCGUGGAAACAGCAUGCCAUCUGACAGGGUGUGAUUUUAAUAAAAGCCUUUCAGUAGCUCUAUAAACGAUAUUCUGCACAAUCUUGCUGCCAGUACUUUUUCCUCCUGAACGGAAGUGAAAUAUAUGUGAAGACAAACUGCCUGAAGCCUCCACUGCAAAAGCAGUUUCACCUGUAAUUAUACAUAAAUGUAGCCUUCCUUUAAGUGACGCACGGGACAAAAAUGAAUAUAGAUAACAAGUAUGUUAAUAUGUAUGUAGGCAUAGAAGAUAUGAAAUCAGGAGAGGCAAGCGUAGUGACAGUGAUUAGGGUAGGUUUACAUGUCAGGUGCAUAUAGGUGCCAUUUACAGACCCUUAAAAAUGCCCUCAAUUACCGAAAAGAAAAUGUACACCAAAAUAUAGCUUUAAAAAAGUAGAAAGUUCAUAUUUGUAGUUAGGGUAGAUACCCUUAUUAGACAGAUUCUAAUAAGCAGCUGCCUACUUACAAAUCCAGUUCUGCUGGUGAUCUAAUGGGGCAGGCCCAACCGAAAAGGUUGCUUGUCAGCCAACCAUGCUAGCCAGCCCCCUUAAAGCUGCCAAUGUACAGAGCAUUGUUGAAACAGUCUCAUACAGGCUUAACAUUCCAGAGUUUAUUUUGUGCAGUGUGUGAGAGUCUAAUGAUGCACUCUCUCACUGAGCUUUAUGGUGCUUUUCCCUGUCAUGCCUAGAACUGGGACACUGGAGAAGAAACCCAGAGUAACAAGAGCACAAUUAUGUCCAAGCCCAAAGAUUGUAAACCGAAUCCUUUAUUCUACUGUAAAAACAUGGAUGUCAGAUGUGUGUGUGUGUGGAAGGAGGCACUAAUCAACCUAGCACUUUCAAACAAUCCUAGAACAGUAGGUCAGGGCCCAAGAUUGUGACGGUCCUGCUUGUUUGUAUAUGUUUUAUAAUUUAGCUGAGAAUUCAGGCAAGCAUAGGAUACGUGACUACGGUUUUGCAUUAUUAGCUCACUGACCUUUACUACAGUAGUGUAUUUUAUUAAAAAUGAAUCAUACCCUGAAUAUGUUAGAUUGGAAAAAAUAUAUUUUUUAUUGGUUUUAAAUGUUGAGCACACAAGCUAUAUAAUUAAACACAUGUUCCUCUGUUUUGUUUGAUUUAUUUUAAUCAUUAUCUUUUUCUUGGCAGAAUUCUGUCUUUUGUCUGAGAAACAAGGAGGAUUUGAAAAAGAAAAUGUUUUAUCAAAGUAUGAUUACGAUGACAUAGAUAGUGGUAAAGAUCUAGACUUGAAGAGAAAAGUUGUCCAAUCGAACGUCUCCUUAACAUUCUUAAAGCAAGGUACCGAAUAAUGUGGGCAUAAGUUUUAUUCUUAAAGUAUGAGAUUUCAACAACAAAAAUGUAUUCUGCACCUUUCUACGCCGAUCUACCAAUUUUAGAUAAGUAUCUUUUGGUAAAAUCAAGCUUCCUGCUGAACGUUAAAUUUUCAGGAUUUUUAAUAUUACGUCUCCAUCUCCACUUCCUGUAAAUCAUUAUUAUUAGCUUUACCCUUUACUGUUAUUGGAGCUGAACUGUACUUUUGGUUGUAAAAUUUUCAGUGAACAUAAAAAAACCAAAAAAAAACACAACUCCACAUGAAAAAGUUAUAUUCAAUAAUGUACCUUCUAGAAUAGUGAAUAUUUCCAUUUAGAGUGAUUCCAUACUAAAAAGAAAAACAUAAUAACUAAACUUUGAACUUACCUGGUGUGGUUAAUCCAUUUCAGCUUCUCUAGAGAUUUUCAAUCUGACGUUUUGUUUGUAGUGCACUGUCCACUGCGCACAUUGCACACACAUUGCCAAAGCUGUUUGGUAAAGCUUCAAAUUGCUCCAAAACCUGUGCAGGUUCACCCUCAGUCCCUUAGAAUUUAGGGAUGUCCCAAUACUGUCCUUUUGCAGACAUUGAAAAAAUGGAGACCAUAAGCGGUGAUUUAUUGAUGAAAUUAAAAUCCUUGUACGAGCUAUGUGGUUAAUGUGCAUUGCUGAAUACCAGUUGCACUAAUUCCAAGAUUGUAUACAUUUUUUCAGCUAGUGAGUGAAUCCCUUAAAGGACACCUGCCAUGGUACCUAUAACUGUGCUCUUUUUAAAGAGUGUUGCAUUUCAGCUACACCUUGUGCUCGCAGGUUUACUCUAAAAAGUAUAGAUUGGGAGAAAAAACUAUUCAAAAUAACUUAUUUGUCCACCUGUCAGUCAAUUAUAUGGCAUAGAUGCUUUGCCAAAGAAUUGAGUGAUAGGGAGAGCAGAAAAUACCUCAUAUAGAUAGUCCUUCUGCUCCCCAAGCAUAUAAACUACCGUCUAUGCACUUUAAAAUAAAUAUUUUAAAAAUAAAUAAUAAAUAUAUAUAUAUAUAAUUUUAUAUAUAAUAUAAAGAACUGCAUAAAUCAAACCUUUCAUUUAAUGAAUGGGAAACAUGUUCCUGCUCUUUUCUUCCAUUUACGCAAUUUUGGCCUAUAAUUUGCACUCCCGUUGCCAAUUUUCCACUGUUACCUAUUUAAUGAAUAAACCUACUAUAUGUUUUUACAGCAGAUAGCUUCCAAAUAAAUUGUAGACUUUAAACAUUCAAUACUGUAGCAUGGUAGUACUACAUUAUAUCUCUACAAUACGGUUUUGAACAAAUUAGCAUAAAUAAUUAUUUAAUUAUAUUAAUUGUAGAGCUUACAGUGUACUUUGGCUUUUCUCUUAAUGAAAUGCAAACUGUGUUUAAGUUCAUUUUGAAUCAUUGCUUUAUAGUGAGUAUAACACAGGAAUUAAUUCAAUAUAAGUAAAAUCCAAGGGACAAGUGGAAACGGGAAAACUGUCGAUAAAAUGCAUAAUUUUAAUGCAUAUAAUGAAUUGCUGCAAAAAAAUUAUAAACACAAAAAUGUAUUCACAAAACAAAAUGUACACAUAUUUCCUAAACCUUUUCCUAAACCUAAACAGGUGAAGUUGAAGUUAUAUCACAAUACAGCUGUUUAGCAAGUAGUUGCCUCACCCUCCCAUUACAUCAACUUCAGCUAGACUUCAGUGAGCAUGAUAGGAGUUACGGUCCAGCAGGCUAGGUAACUUCUUGCAUGACUGUAUAAGUCUAUCUAUGCUGCACCAGUCAGUACUGCUUUAUAGCUUGCAGUAUGACCGCUUCAGGGAGGCUGCUUGUGGAUUAGAUGACGCAGUUUCAUUGUAUAUUACAAGCGAACAGAGGAGAGCGGCAACGUGGGCUAACCAUUACACACCAAGGAUGGAACCGAGAGUGCCAGAGAAUCCCAAAGUUAAACAAUGUGCAUUAACAAAAUGUAUAAAGAUCUUUUUUUUUUAAAUUUAUUUUUCCUCAAAGCUGUAUCUAGUAUAAACAAUGCAAGGCUUAGUUGUGUUCAACAAUUGCACACAGGACAAACAGCAGUUACCACAGGGUUUCCUCCCACUGUGUUAUAUUCAGUUAACAAUUCAUGGUUUGUAAUGUUUGACUUGCGUAGCUGCUUUUGUCUGCUCACUUGUAAUACACGAUAAAGCUGCUUCAUUCAAUCCACAAUUAAGCUACAAACAGUCAGAGAAACAGGCAGGCAGUGAUAUCCCCACAAUGGGAGAAAGUUUGUCCAACGCUUUUUUGACUAAUUUUCACUUAAUAUUUGGGGCAAUUUUUUAUAUUUGUCCAAUUUUUUAUUGGUUACUUUUUUGCACCCUAAACUUCAUUUUCAGUAAUGCAUAUUUUUUUUGCCAAUGCAAUUGUUUUAUGAAUAUUCCCACCUUUUUUUCAUGCUUUUUCCCCACAACUGUAAAUUAGCAGUAUUCAGAAAUUGAAAAUUCUGUGAAAGCUUAAAGGACCACUAUAGUGCCAGGAAAACAUAAUCGUUUUCCUGGCUCUAUAGGGUCUCUAGGUCCCCCCCACCGUCAGGGUCCCCCUCCCACCGGCUCUAGGGGAUGGAACAGGUUAAAUUUACCUCUUUUUCCAGCGCCGGGCGGGGGACUCUCCUCCUCCUAUCCUCCUCCUUCUCGUCAUCAUCGGCUGAAUGAAAAUCACAGUGAGAAGCGCGGAAACGUCUCUAGCGGCUGUCAAUGAGACAGCCACUAGAGGCUGGAUUAACCCUAUUAUAAACAUAGUUUAUCUGAAACUGCUAUGUUUAUAGAAGAAUGGGUUAAUCCUAGCUGGACCUGGCACCCAGACCACUUCAUUAAGCUGAAGUGGUCUGGGUGCCUAUAGUGGUCCUUUAAAGAAUUUACAAUUAAAAAAAACAUCACUUUUUAGAUCACUUUAAUAAGUAUUAUCAAAAUUAUGAUGAAAUGUAACUACUACUUUUCAGAACACUUUGAUAAAUAUUCCCUUAUGUGUCUACUCGGGUGACCUUCUAAUGCAGGUUGCUUUGCUUUUAGCCCUUCAGGUCACUCGGUGCUAUCAUUGUGUUUUUCUAGAAUGGGGACAUGGCUAAGAUAUGAGUAUGCAAAACAUGCAGCAUAUUAAUGAGGCUAAAAUCCAUCAAAUGAAUUAGUGCUGUAUUGAUGCCGGAAUUUUCCUUUUAGCAGAUCUGUACUAGCCCAUUAAUGUUUAAUCAAGAUUUAACAGCCUUCCCUUGGUUACAGGAGGCCUUGUAUUAAAUCUCUAUGAAUAAAAGCAAUAUUCCCUGUGUAUUCUUCUAUGUUUCAUUUUAUAUUACAUCAUGACAUUGAAACAUUUAAAUAAUAAACAGUGCUCUGGCAGUGGUUUAAAAUAUGUCACAAAGCGAAGUUUUAUCAAUACAGUACUAAUGUUUUUUGCUAAAAUGAACAAAGCCUUUAAAUGCACCAGACACAGUAGGAGAAAGCAAUGGCAUAAAAAUGUUUGACUAAGACAAAAUCCUCUGUACAGUGGUGCAGGAACAAAUCCAUUAGAUGCUUCUCAUCUUUUUUUAAAAAGGAUGCUGUGUGCAGUGAUGUAUGAAUGCCUUAUGAUGUGUAUAUACGUUUUUAUCGUUUUAGUAAAAAGGCACUUUGUUGUAUUUUUCCCCCCCUAUCUCUAUUAUAAGAUCUGCUGGAGUUUGCAGAGCCCUUUUUGGUGUUAGAUGAAAUUCCUGAAGCCCAGCGUCUAGAUUUGUAUAAAGCGAUGUGUGAAAUAUUAUACGAUGUUCAGACAGUUGCUCUGCUACAAUCCAUGGUAAGAUCACUCCAUCAUUUUUUAUCAGCUUCAGACAAAUUCCCUUAUCUCAUAAAGCACCAGUCUUAUAAACAAUUACUAUAUCUUUAUUCCAUUGAACUGAUGGUAGAAGCAUUAAAUAAAAUGACAGUUAAAUGUACAGUGACCCCGUACAUAAUAUUUUAUGGAUACACAGACAGGAAAUAAAAGCAUUUUGGCAUCAUCAAGGCAACAGAAAAUUGCAUUAGGCUUGUCAGUAAAAGCAAAAAAUGAAAGAAACCACUGUGGUACUCUGCACAUGUGGCCAAAAUCGUAAAAAACUAAAAGUUAGCAUUUAGUAAUUAUACAAAAAAAAAAACAGAGUGAGGAAGACAGAAUGCUCUAUAAGAUAAUGCAGUAAGAGGCUAAGCAAGUUAUAAGAGCUUCCAAAUCACACACAGAAGACGAAAUAGCACUGUCAAUAAAAAAGGGACAAAACAUUUUUUUAGAUACAUAAAAUGAGAAAAAGAAAGUAAAACCAGGAUUAGUUUGAUUAAAAACAAAAGAGGGAAGGUAUGUAGAAGAGGAUAAAGGUCUAGCUAACUGCCUCAAUGAAUAUUUUUGUUCAGUAUUUACAGAUGAAAAUGAAGGAAAGGGACCUCAGUUAGGAAAAAGGACAAAUGAGUCAUUUAUUACACGUGAGUUUACAGAGGAAGAGGUACUAUUUCAACUGUCAAAAGUAAAGACAAAUAAGUAAAUGGGACCUGAUGGAAUACACCCAAAAUUAUUAAAAGAGCUUAGUGGUGUACUAGCAAAACCACUAACAGAUUUAUUUAACCAAUCAUUGUUAACUGGAGUAGUCCCAGAAGAUUGGAAGUUAGCUAAUGUUGUGCCCAUUUACAAGAAAGGUAAUAGGGAGGAGUCGGGCAACUAUAGGCCAGUAAGCCUUACUUCAGUAGUUGGGAAAGUGAUGGAAACCAUGUUAAAGGAUAGGAUUGUUGAACAUCUAAAAACACAUGGAUUUCAAGUUCAGAGACAACAUGGGUUUACUUCAGGGAGAUCAUACCAAACUAAUCUUAUUGAUUUUUUUGAUUGGGUAACUAAAAUAAUAGAUCAGGGUGGUGCAGUAGACAUUGCUUACCUAGAUUUCAGUAAGGCUUUUGACACUGUUGCACAUAGAAGGCUUAUCAAUAAACUGCAAUCUUUAAGUUUGGAUUCCAAAAUUGUUGAAUGGGUAAGGCAGUGGCUGAGUGACAGGCAACAGAGGGUUGUAGUCAAUGGAGUAUAUUCGAAGCAUGGUCUUGUCACCAGUGGGGUUCCUCAGGGAUCUGUACUUGGACCCAUUCUCUUUAAUAUUUUUAUUAGUGACAAGGCUUAUGAUACUAAGAUAUGUAACAGGGUUGAUGUUCCAGGAGGGAUAAGCCAAAUGGCAAAUGAUUUAGGUAAACUCGAAAAAUGGUUGUGUCAACUGACAUUUAAUGUGGACGAGUUCAAGAAAAUGCAUCUUGGACGUAAAAACCCAAGGGCAGAGUACAGAAUAUUUGAUAGAGUCCUAACCUCAACAUCUGAGGAAAGGGAUUUAGGGGUGAUUAUUUCUGAUGACUUAAAGGUAGGCAGACAAUGUAAUAGAGCAUCAGGAAAUGCUAGCAGAAUGCUUGGUUGUAUAGGGAGAGGAAUUGGCAGUAGAAAGAAGGACGUGCUCAUGCCAUUAUACAGAACACUGGUGAGACCUCACUUGGAGUAUUGUACGCAGUACUGGAGACCGUGUCUCCAGAAGGAUAUUGAUACGUUAUAGAGUUCCAGGAAGGGCUACUAAACUGGUUCAUGGAUUGCAGGAUAAAACUUACAAGGAAAGGUUAAAGCAUCUUAAUAUGUAUAGCUUAGAGGAAAGACGAGAAAGGGGGGGGGGGUUAGAAAACUUUAAAUACAUAAAGGGAAUCAACACAGUAAAUGAGGAGACUAUAUUUAAAAGAAGAAAAACUACCACAACAAGAGGACAUAGUCUUAAAUUAGAGGGGCAAAGGCUUAAAAAUAAUAUCCGGAAGUAUUACUUUACUGAGAGGGUAGUGGAUGCAUGCAAUAGCCUUCAAGCUGAAGUGGUAGAGGUUAACACAGUAAAGGAGUUUAAGCAUGCGUGGGAUAGGCAUAAGGCUUUCCUAACUAUAAGAUAAGGCCGGGACUAAUAAAAUUAUUUAUAAAAUUGGGCAGACUAGAUGGGCCGAAUGGUUCUUAUCUGCCGUCAGAUUCUCUGUUUCUAUCUGGCAGUGCCAUCCCAGUGCCAAUUCUGCUAAUUGCAUCAAUUUUAACUGCUUCAUGAAUGUGUUUUUGGUAGGUGCAUUAAUGUAGUAAGUUUAUUUUUUACUCUGUUCAACCCUAAUUGCCCUCUUAAAGGAACACUCCAAGCACCAUGAUAACUACAUUAAAAUGAAAUUGUCAUGGAACUAGGGGGUCCCUGGAGCCAGCUUACCUUUAAGGCUAAACAGUUUACGAACAGUUUAACCCCAAAGUCUUGCUUCUGUCCUCCUUCUCUUAGAUUCUUGAAAGAGGAGGCCUUGGACAGAGGUGCUGCUGAUUGGCUGAGAACGUCCACCGCUGCUCAAUUCUGAUUGGCUAAGAACGUCCACCGUUGCGCCAUUCAUAAAAGCUACUUGAUUAAAAUAUAUAUCAAGCCGUUGUUUGAAUUAGAAGCUAAUCAGUCAAUCAGCAGCAAAACCUGUCCAAGGCCUCCUCUUUCAAGAAUCUCAAAGAAGCAGAAGCAUAGAGCUGGAUUUAAGACUUUGGGGCUAAACUGCUCGUUGAUGGUUUUAAACCCCCUAAAGAUAAGCUGGCUUCAGGGAUCUCCUGGCACCAGAACAACUUCCUUUUAAUAAAAUUGUUAUGGUGCCAACACACAUAUUUAAUUGACCUUCCACACAUAUCAUAUAUUUUUUAGAGCCUUCUCUAAUGUAGAGUGCUCAGAAUUACCGAUUGGAACCAGAGGGAAAAUUAAACCCUCACAAGACCCAAGACCCCUCGGUGUUUGGAGGCGAGGCACAGUUUCUAUGUGUUUUUACUGUCAGAGGUAAUAGUGAGGUAGUGCAUUGGUUUGCACAGAGCUGUAUCUCUGCAAGCUGUGAUAAGAAUAGCCUUGUUGUGGCUCACUGUAGUAGUCAGAACGAUGGGACCUCAGAUCCCAAUCCUCGUGCUUGGUGCUAAAUGUCAAACUAUCAUGAUGAUGCAAUGUCGAUAUUCUCACAGAGGCUAACACUUUACUGUUGAUAUUGUUAUCUUCUUUUAUUACAAUGUAAACACUCAUUAAUGCAAAUGUGUUAUUUACCUUUGCUGUACCAAUUCAUCAUGAAUGGAAAUAUGGAUUCUAUAGUAGUGUGCAUAAAAAAAAAUUGCUUUUUUGUGCACGGAGAUAACAAUCCCACUUGAUCCCUCUGUUUGCUGGGUAUAUUCACAGAUAACUCCACCUGGAGCCACCAACACCUUAUCUCACAUACAAUGACAGCUGCUCACGUUAGUGCUCUCCCGGUAAUAGAUCAAAUCUGCAAAAUCUGUGUGUAUGAGGAAAUGGCCAACAUGAUGUUAGGGACAAGUGACAAAUAUGAAACAAUCUGGUAUGGUUGAAUGGCUUAUAUGGCAGGCAGGAAGGGACCAUCCCACUACCCCAGGGCACAGCAAUUUCUCUAAUAAGAAGUCGAGAGAUGCUUUAGUUCACCAUCCUGUUAUUUCCCUUUUAGUUUUGUUCUUUUGUUGUCUUUGGUUCCUCUUCCGUUUGUUGGUCAUUUCAUUAUUGUACAUCACAUGUCGUGUCAACCAGGGACCUGGUACUGGAGUUCCAGGUCGGUGCUGUGUCACCCACUUGUAAUUGAACAGUGGCUAACAAUGUUCCAUAAUGGAGUGACAUCUGUGAUCAAUUUGCCUGCUUUUUGCAGGUCUUUAAAUGUUCAAAAAUGUGUCUAUGUAAACUUUAAAACUAAUCAAAACUAAACAUUCAAAAAAGUAGAUUUUUAAAAUCAUGAUUUGUGAAUUAUUUGACACUAAUAGUGAAAUAUCAAACAUGACUUCUAAACCAGUAGAAAAACACUAGAUUGCUCUAUUAGUUAAAGACUGUGUAACAGUCAGCAUGACUUUUCUUAGAUCAUGUGAUUUAGUCAUACAUAAUCACACUUGGAUUCCAUCAUUAUGCCUAAAAUUGUGUCCCAAAAAAAACAUAUUUGCUUGAUAAAAACUGUAAAUAAAAUAGUGCAUUAAGACCCUUGCCUUAUUGAUCUGAAGGCUUACUCCAACUAUUAUUAACUUAAAGGGACCUCUCAGCCAAUGAAUUUGUGUCUGCUAAGAAAUUAACACGGGACUGGCCAAUGGCACUGCCAGACAUGGAGUUACACCUCCAGAAGGUGACAUAUUUGUCUCUGUAUGUAUAGAGUUUCAUAUGGAAAGGCUGGACUAACAGACUCCCAGCACCAUAACCACUUAAAAACACUGAUGUGGCUGUAGUACUUGAAGUUACUCUUUAAUUAGUAAUCAUGAUAAUACAAACGUGUGCAAAUGAGACCCAUAAACUAUCCAUGUUUACCAAAACCAUUAGUAUUCAAAAAUGUACUUUGACAAUUGGAGUAAACACAUAUGUCUGACCUCCUGCUCAGUGCAAAGUGAAUUAAAAACACAUAAUAAAAGACAAAUAUAGAUACAGUGUUCCUUUAGCUGACAAAUUCAGCAAAAAGGAUACACCAAGAUGGAUUACAGGGGUACUAAAAAGGGCCUAACCCUUAUAACAAUAAUAAUAAUAAUAAGGAACUUGCACACUACUCUACCCUUGAGAAAGGCGGACUUUACCGCCGAAACGCGCGUUGGGCUUCUGCUACAACUGUGGGGGGUCAGAUUUGGGCGAUUUGCCCUAUACUGAAUUAUACUUUCACUACCUUCCCACCUUUAUUUUUCGAUCUCCUAACUCUAUAUCUCUCUGUCCUUUCGAUUUAACCACUUGUCAUUAGACUGGCUGAGGCCAAUAGUCAUAUUUAUACCCCACAUUAGGACGCUAUAUUAUACUUUAUACUCCUAACCCUGAUAUGCAAUAGUGGAGAUUUUUGUUUGUGUGUUUUUCUAGGACCGUAAGUGUAGAUCUCACCUGUUUUGCUAGCACAAUUAUCUAUGCACAUUAUUGCACUGGUGCCUAUUACGAGUAGCUUUUUUGCUACUUUUACACUGUUGCUACUUUUGUGGCAACGUAGUAUCCAGGCACAGUAUAUAGUUAUGUGCAGCCCAGAGUGACUCUCCAGGUCCUCUUUUUUAUCCAUUUGUAACAGUUGAGUGUAUUACAGACUUUUAUUAUUUUUGGACUACAUUAAAACUUUAUUAUUUUUUGUUUAAUCUGUUUAAUACACAGGAGUUAAGUGCACUGUUUAUUGCUCCACAAGGGGUACUAGCUGUGAGUUGUUCUGUCUCCCAUGUUUAAGGGAUCCUUACUCCUCACCUUCUUUUUGUUUAAAAACACAUAAUACAUACUGACUGCAAACUUUUGUGCCCACAGCUCCAAAUUGUUAAUCGCUUGGUCAGGCAAGAGAUAAAAUAUAAAAUUAAACAACACUAGCAUUCUUCUCAAUGACAAAGUGGUACCUGGAUGUGCUCGUUUAUAAUUUGUUGACUUUUGUUUUACAAUCUCUUAGUAACAACCCCACAGAACGCAAAAAAUGAAAAUUAUAGAUCAGAUCAGUAUAAAAAAAAUACUUCUCAAAUAUUUAUUUAAAACAUAGGAAGACACCUGAGAGAACAAGAUCAUAAUGCUGCAACCUUGUUUCAAUCAAUACUGCUAUUAAUAUAAACUUGAAAGAAACGACAGAACAAAAAAUUAAAUAAAUUUUAAUAUCGGGCAGAAUAGUUGUUUUUGUCUUUUACUAUUCCUAUAGGAAAGUGGGGCAGAUCUUGUUAUUUCAUCUAGAAAAUGUCUAAAUUUUCUGUAAAUCUGAUCAAUUAGCUUUUUAGCUGUUUUAAAACCUCUCUGUUGCAAGGAUCUGUGUACUCUUCUUGUUGUAAUGCCUUUUAAAAGUUUUAUUUUUUUAUUUUGUUUGCUUGGAAUUGAUUAAAAAUUUUGAUUUGAGCAAUUGCUGCAAAGCUGGAGGGCCUCACUCUUAGGAACCUCUGAAAUUUUUUUAUAGAAUAACGUAAGCUGGAAUUACAUGCAGUUGUUCUAAAAUUGGAAUUCAACAGAAACAUACACUAUUUAAUAUAGCGUCUUGUUAUACUAGUACUGCAUCUGUUUUUUAAAAAGCUCUUGUACCCCAGAGCAUGUUCUAGUACCAUAAACCAAAUCCGUAACUGGCUAACUUUUAUUUAUUUAUAAAAUAUAUUAUUCCAGGAUGGAUACAUUACGAUUUCUCUUGUUUUCAAGUAUGUUCUGGGUCCACAAAACAUUGCAUUGUUACAAUAGGAUACAAUAUUACAAAAAUACAAUAUACAAACUGUAUAUAUAUGUAUGUGUGUGGGUGUGUGUAUGUAAUAUAUGUAUGUGUAUAUAUAUAUAUAUAUAUAUAUAUAUAUACACAUACAUACACACAUAAAUGUAAUACAUAACAGGUAAUAAAUAUAUUCAACCAUGACAGGUGCAUUCUGUGCUGAGGUAUAUUGCCAUAGAUCUCUUAAAAGAUUUUAGAGUGAAUGAAGAUUUGACUGUGUCCCUGAGGUUAUUCUAUAAUUGCGGUGCUCUGUAGGAAAAGGAGGAUCGAGCCACUUUAUUUUUGUGUUGCGGGAUGCUAAAUAUCGUGCUAGUACUGGAUCGGAGGUUAUAGGGGGUGGGAACAGCUGGGGAGAGCAUUCUACGCAGGUAGUGUGGGAGCUUCCCAGAAAUGCUCUUAUGCACAAGGCUGGAAAGCCAUUAUUACCCAUCUUCAUGGAAUUCACUCCUACUUUUGUGAUUUAACAUUCAAAGGACCAACACAUUAGUUAAAAUCCAUGUCUCUCGACGUACUAUCGCCUAACACAGUUGGCUAGGGCGCAGCCGGGAAAACAUGGUGGGGAGACGACCAAAAACACCAAUACAGCAGAGGUAAUUUUAUAUCCUUCCUAGCAACCUGACAAGGCUGCAGCCGCAGGCCUGAACUCAGGCUGGUACACUGGGUAGAGCCAACUGUUAGAAGUGCACGGGUUAGCCGCACAGUUACCUUUCUUCCCUUAUUUGCUUUAUUCAGAUGUUGACUCGGAUAUAGAUACAUUGUAAUGCUACUGACUGUUACUUGUCUCUUCAAAUGAAAAAGAUACUAAAUAAAGAUUGUCAAAAAAAAUAAAUCCACGUCUCUAAUAAUAAUUAUUGAAAAGGUAUUGUAUUGUAUAUACCAUGUGAAAAUAAAUAUUAAACCAAAAUUGACUUCAGUCUUUUGGCACUGAGGUCCGUUAUAUAUUUUAUGCUCUACUGCAGCGACACAAACUACCUCUGGUUGCUUAAGGCCAUAAUUAUUGCUUUUCCCCCAGUUGUAUCAUUGCCUUUGUGCAGUUUAACUGUAGCUAAUUGUAUUGCCUUCUGCUCUGUCAAGCAGAGAACUAUCUGUACACAGAGAUCAUAUGCAAUGUUUUCCCCCUCAGCACUGACUAAUGAUGAGUACAUGAUUAUUUUCACUCUUGCCUUGAUAGGUAGACGAGAUCUGUUCAGGCUACAAGCCCAGUUUGACAGCCUUGGAUGAGUUAAAGUCUUCUCAAAGGAAACAAGCACAGAUCAUUCUGCAUUUUGCAGGAUACAAUAUUCAGAAUGGAAAUUUUAUAGAACCAGCCAAGAAGGAUGUGCUUGCAGCCUUGCAUAUCCUCCUGAGUUCUCUCAAUGGUAAUUUUUUUAACCUCCUUUAUAAAUAUUCUGCCAAAGGCUGAUUUUACUUAAUGUCUAAUUUUUGAAGUACAUUUUACGUCAAGUUUAUAAAUGUGUUGUGUAUGUUGAUUUCUUCCCAAGCUGACAAGUUGUUAAUGUGUAUGCAUAAAUCUUCCAGAUCCUGUACACUGCUUUGGUACCAUUUUAACAUUCAUUAUGAGUGCUAUCUCCAUGCCACAGCUUACUUUAUCGAUACUUGUGAUCCGUAUUUUAGAAUUGAUUUUGUUUGUUGGGGAGAUGCUGUAAAGUGGCACAAACAUAUUUUUUCUUGAUGUUUUGGUAGCUUUUUUUUUUCUUUUACUGUACAGUGCUCAAGAAUAAUCAAUACUUUCAGAAGGAAAAAUACAAGUAUAAAACAUUUAAACAGUGUUAUAGCUGGCACAAUAAAAGUGGGAGUUUAAAAAAAAAUCAAGGUGAUCAAUAAUAAUCAUCUGUUUAUGGUCUGUUUCGCCUUUGAUAAUAGUAAGCUUACCUUUGGGGCAAUCAGUGAAACGUGUUCACAUCAUAAAUAAGAGUUCCAGCAUAGUAAAAGAGAGACGUGAUGCAACAGAAACAGACUCCUAAUGCCAAAAAUGAGAAAUUGUUUUUGUUUCAUAUAAACAAUAGCCAGUAAUUUAAACAUGACAGGCUGAGAAUCAAGGGAAUUGUAGCUGUAGUACCAAAGUGUAGCCAUUCUUGGUAAUAAGGAAAAUGUUUUCAUACUUACCGUAUUUUCUUUUCUUGCUCAGAAAAGAAAAGAACUCUGAAACUGGUAUAAAUAGAUGCUCCCCCUUCCCAUCAGGCAGUCUUUGUAACUAACUUCACAACUUAUAGUAUAUAGGUGGGAACGUAAUGCUGCCAUGAAUAAUGAUCAGGAAAAGAAUAUUACGGUAAGUAUGAAACAAUUUUCCUUAUUCCUGAUCAAUCAUGGCAGCAUUUACUCAUGGGGAAUACCCAAUCAAUAUAUAUAGAGGGAGGGAUAGAGUUAAAAAACACCUAAUAGUUAUAAAAAAAAAAAACAUUAUUAAGCUGCAUAAACCUUAAAAGACUUUUAAAAAGCCAAACAAGUAAUCAAUAGGAUAUUGUCAUAACAUCUGUUCAAGUUAAUUUACGCUUGAGGCUGCUAGGUCAGCAACCCCCUGGCAUUCAAAUGUCUGAAAUAUCCUGAAUAAAUAUAGAGCCAGAUAGGAAUUACGGCCAUGAUAGCCAAACCUAGAGAAGGAACAAGGCUAGACUAAUACAAGACAAACUCUCGUGAGAAAUAAGGAACCCAUCAUGUUAUCGAUAAAAGAAAAAAAAAAUUAGAGAACCUCCAUGAAACCCAGACACGGUCUAGAAAUUAUAGAUCUAUAAUGUCAACAAUAGAAGAUAAUGUCCUUCUCUGAUAUAAAUUAAAAACCAAAUGGAUGGCCUCAUCAAAUCAGAACCUUGACAAAGGCAUAACUUCCAGAGAUCACACUGGAACAAGCAGAUACUGUUGGAUGAGAACAGUCACACCAUGCUAUUAAACAGGGGGAGGAUUACACUGAGAAUCCUACUAUUUUCUGGAUGUAUUUAUUAAAGACGAUUCACACUGCUUCAUCUUGCCUAGUGAACUACUUAAUUGUAGAUACAGAAAACAAAUCAAUAUCUGCCUGUCUGAAAGAGGCAGAGCCUAGUAGAGAAGUAAGAGAGUCUGUUAUUAAAACACUGCAACAAUGACUACAUAUUGCAAAAAUCAUUCUCACAACCAUACCUCACACUGUGAAUGAAUUGAUACAGGAUUGAUCAGUUACAGGAACGGUAGAAUCCAAUAACACAAAUAGAUAUUACAAGACAAAGGCAAGAAGAAUCAUACGGAUUAGUUAAAACAAAUAUCGGUAUGAACCGUAGAAUUUGUGGCAACUACUAAAUUAUAAGUAGGCAAUGUAGGCCAACCACGUCAGUACCUACAUUCAAAGUAAAAAAUAAUGUAAAUAGAACAGAUUAUGCACAACAGUAGAAUCAAAAUGAUGUUGUGCAAUAUAAGUAGGAGAUAUGUAAUAGGCAGGAUACUGAGGAGAAGGUGGUAUCCAGAGGCACAUGAUCCAUUGUGGCAACAGACACAUAAUAAGCAGGAUAGUAGAAGAUAUUCAGUUAUCCUUAUGAGAACAAACAACCGCCUACUUACUCUGACCUUAUCUUCAGAUAGUAAUGAAGUACUUAUGGCAGAGCCUUUGGUGAUAAUAAGAUCAUUCUACAGCUUGUUUUAUCUGCAAAUAUAUUAACACCAAUCCAAGCAUAUAAUCCACAAGUAUUACAUCAAUGCAAUGUUAGGAGUGACCAUCACUUACACAGAGCUAGGUACAGAGACCAUGUAAAACACAUCAGCCAAAUGUUUUUCAUCAAAAAGCUACAAUAUUAUAUUAUGCAGGAUGAUUCAACAGCUUAAAGCCACAUAUUGGUUGCAAAUGCCAGAUAUAAGGACACCUAGAAGAAUCCCAAUAAAUAUCAGAACAGAAGUCCGUAAUGGAACCUUUAUGUUCAGGGAUUUCCUUUAUCGUUCUGGUAGCAGGUGAAUUUUACCUGAAUUAGUAAAGCUGGUAGAACGGUAUGUGGACUGGAAAGACCUCCCUAUGUCAAUUAAAAUACUUGCAAUACUCAGCAUCAACGUUACAUGGAGCAUAUGAGCCUAAAAUAAUAUAUUUUAUUGUAGAAAGGAAAUUAUAAUGUUCCCCUUCACAACAGGGAAAUCUGUGGGAAAUUCUGAUCCUUAACCCCUUAAGAACCAAAAGCAUGCCACCCCUGACAUAUAUUAAAGGGAUUGCCAAACUCCAGCUCCCCAAGGGAUGAAAUAGCAGAAUACUGAAUAUAACAAAUAGCACAUUCUUCAUCCUAUAAAGAUUAUGCUUUAAGGAAAUGUACUCAGUUCUAAAGAAUAUUUUAAACCAAUUCCAGAGCAUUGAGCUAAAAUCUGAAUAAAUAUUAUAAACCAGACCAGGAGUAGUGAAUUUUUCUAAAUAGAAAAUAAAAUGAUUACUAAAAUUAUGAACAGGUAAAAACAAAAAGCCAAUAUCAUCAGCUUUUAAAUCAGUUAAAUUAGAUUUUAGAAAGAAAAACAUACCAGUUAAAACAGUCAGGUAAUUGCUUCAGAGUUACCUACUUAUGGGAGCAAUAAAUAGCCAAAACUGUGCUGCUGAAACCAGCAAUAUAUAAGCUAUGCUACUGUAACCAGCAAGAUCUACUAAGCUGUGCUCCUUUAAUCAGCAAGAUCUACUAAGCUGUGCAUCUGCAAUCAGCAAGAUCUUCUAAGCUGUGCAUCUGUAAUCAGCAAGAUCUACUAAACUGUGCAUCUGCAGUCAGCAUAUAUAUGUUACAGUUAAAGUGAGAAAUCAGUUAAUCUGCAGAUUAACUGGUUUGCUCAGUUAAAGUGCGGAAUCAAGCGUUUUCCGCACUUUACCUAGGUAAUGUGACCUAUUUGUUAAAAUGUAAGCAGCUGGGAUUGACUGAAAGAACUGGUGUCUAUACUAGUUUUAAUCUAAAUUACUAGUGCAUUUACCUGAACAGCUGCAGGCCUGUCUUUCAGCAGCAAAAAUGGGGAUUUGAAGAACUGACAACCUAAACUGUUGAAACGAUAGGCUUCCAUCUGUACCCCACUUGCCGUUCUUCAUCACCAGUGGGAGAAGGUUUAAACCAAACCCCAGACAGGGUGGAAUACAUAGAAGAGGCAUACCCAGGUAGUCACCUUAUGUAAGCGCUGUUUACUGGGUCUUCAGGGAUAAAGGCUUAGACUCGGCUGGGCCUCAUGUAUGCAGUGGACUGCUGUCAUCACCUCAGGGAGAGAGAUAGGUCAGAUCCCUGGCUGCUUAAGGAGCUACCCAGGCUGGCAACUCUUACAUAUGUGUUGUUUGCUGGGUCUUCAGGGAUAAGAGGCUGAACCCUGGCAUGCAGUGGACCAUUUUCAUCCCCUGAGGGAGAGGUUGGGGCCGGCCCCUGGUCACUAAAGGGGGUACCCAGGCUAGCCACUUUUACAAUAGUGCGUUUCUGGGUCUUCAGGGCUUAGAGGCUGAACUCUGGCAGAACUACAAAAAUAUUGCCUGGUGAGCAUAAAGGAAAAAUCUAGGUCUGCAUAAGCAGACGCUUUCCAAACUGCUGCAAAGGACAGGAAAAAAGACUGCCUGGUGGGAAGAGGGAGGAUCUAUUUAUACCAGCUUCAGAGUUCUAUUUCCUGUGCUUCCUGCUGUGAGGGGAGGAGCUAACCCAUGAGUAAAGGCUGUCAUGAUUGAUCAGGAAAUACAAAUUAACACUGGCUGAAGGAUUAUUACAUACCUAGUAUUUCCUGCUUUCAUUAUCACAUUUUGAUGAAGACACAGAAUAAUUUACCUGGGUAACUAAGAAAAUAUAAAAUUUUUAAAAUCUGAAUUUUUGCUCAGGCAUGGGAGUCCCAUGCUCCGGGUAGUGGAUAAGGUAUUUAAAUAUUGAUGUAAAUAUGUGCUUGCGGGUAAUAUUUAGGUCAGCUUGGGAAUCAAAGCCAUUUGCUAACUAUCACUGAAUGAUUAUUGUGUGCUUAAUUUCCAGAGUUGUCAGAAUCUACUUUGGCAAUACUUGGUGCUUGCUGUGACCUUCAGCUAUUGCCAGCACUUAAUGCUUUGGUAAGUAGUGAUAUACUUAUUACACACAAACGUAUUCAGGGUGCUCUAGAGAAGGCAAGGGAUUUGGUGUAUGUGCUAUUCUGCAAACAAUGUAGAUCAAAUGUUAUGUAAAGAUCAAUUGUUUGAUUUAUUAGAGCCUGUCUCCCGUUUUCCCUGUGGCUAAGCACAAGUUUGUCAAAAUGGAUCACCGUUUUUAUGUUGCAAAUCUUGGAACAAUAUGCUGAAAAUAGUAAGUUAAUAUUGGAGUCUGCUCACAAGCUGUGCUAGUUAAUGAGACAUGCAUCACUUGACAAUUGUUUUUUUUUUGUUUUUUUUUGUUUUUUUUAAAUUAGCAAGCAGACUACCAUACAAACCAAAACAAACAAAAAAACUUUGUUAGGUUGCAUUGUUUGGCACACCUUUAAACUGGGGGAGUUUCUUUAGCCUCUCUUUCAUACCAAGACAUCUCAAUUUAAGACUAUUCCACUAAUGAUAGAAAGAGGGCAUCAACAUGCAAAAGGAAGAGAAAAAACCCGACACCAGAGACCGCUCUGCAUGAAUCACACUGAUCUGACUCUCUCUAUUCUCCCUCUGCCAGGAUGUUGCAAGGAGAAGAGAUCUUCCAACUGUGCAUGCCAUCUGUCAGGACUGCUCUUUUGCAGCAUUCCUAAGGAUAGGACACUGAUUCAAAGCUAAAGCUUUUGAAUGAGACUGUUGUCUCAAAGUGUUGCAUUGCAUGUCCCUUUAAUUGCACAGAACGUUUUCCUGGCUUCCUAGCAUAAUAUGUUUUGGACGAGAUAAUCUUAUUUAUGAUAAUUGAAUUGUAAUUUACCAAUAGAUUUCAAUGGAAGAACUGUUCACUUAGCGGAAAUACGUUUAUUGCUUGUAAAAGAUUCCCAUCCAUUAUGUACCAUGCACGUUUAAAUGGACACUAUUAAAUCAUCCCUAGAGAGCUGACAUUUGUACACUAAUUACAUAAAAGUAUAAGCCAAUCCUUUGCUAUACUAGUGAGAAGGGGCAUGUAAUUUUGGGAUUGCAGAUGGGACAUUGAAUAAGAUGCACAGAUCCUGGUCUGCAUAACAUUUUUCAGUUCAAUUAUCUCUUAAAACAUAUAUAUCUGCUAACAGUUUUGCUUGCCCAUUAUAUUGACUUUUUUGUGUGUUUCACAGUUAUAUAGAAUUGCACUGUACAGUAAGCAUUAUAAACAGUGCUGUGUAAGUGGAAUCUUUUUCUAGCAUAAACAGAUAUUUUUCCAUUUUGUUAUCAGGCUAAAGCAGGAAGUUUCAUUUGCACUUGAUUAGGGGAAGAGUGAUGCAAAUAGCUUUCUUCUCUCAUUCAAAAUAGCUUAGAAAUUAUCUGUGCAUUUAAGCUUCCGAGUUAAUGUAAAAAUGUACUUCCACUGAGGAGAAAGGCAUAUUUGAAAACCGAUCCAUCUGGGUGUUUUGUUAAUUUGUUUGUUGUUUGUUGUUUUAUUUUUUUAUUAGAUUUUUAUGCAUGGUGAUACACAAAGAAAAUCAUUGACAAAUGUACAUAUUUAGUGAGUCACAGCAUAUUAGUGAUAUAAAAACCACAUUGAAUGUUAACCAAUUUUAAAAUUUUCCUCAAGAGUAAGAAACCGACUUAGGCCAUGAGAAAUAGUGAUGGUCUGGAGAACGUUAUCUAGUGAAAAAAGAUACAGUUUGUUGUGUGUGUUUGUUUUUUGUUUAGAUGACAACAAAGAAAGUACGUCAUAAUUAGGUAAUUAACAGUCUCACAGGGUUCAUAAAAGCAAGAUAACAAUAAGAGAAAAAAGUUAGUAUGUCUCCAGGAGACAUAAGAAAAUAAAAGCAGUGUAAUACAAUGGAACAAUGUCAAAUGUAAAAAAAUAUAUUUUUCAAAGCAGGAAGAAAUUAUGUCUUCAUCAAAAUUUAUUAUAAAGUUAAACUCUCAAAUUUAGUGAGACAGGGAAGAGAGGGGGAAAAAUACACAUCAGGUUUCUUUUAUAGAGCCAUCGGUACUGACACAUAAGGUAGUGAUUUUAAGAAUGCUCCUGUGGACUUUUUCAAAUUACCUAUAAUGAAUCGUUUGCGACCUUUGUGCUGCAUAUCAGUACUAAAGCCCCAAAAAAUGCUUCUACUGUCGUUUAGUGUAAAUUAACCACUUGACUGCAGGAUAAUUAUAUAUUGUCUUCAGCAUUUGCCUCCUUUAUGUCGCAGGAUAGCCUCAAAAUUGGCAAUCAUGUGACACCACAAGCACUAGUAACUUAAAAAUAGGUGGACUCGCAACUUAAAAUGAGACCCUGUUUCCAUUUCAAAAUCCCCAGAGGAGGACACAUUCUUGUUUGUAAAGAGAAAAGUUGAUAGAUGAUACCCGUAAUCACUGUGAACAUAAAACAGUGUUGACAUUUUUCAUAGAGAACUUUUUGGGAGUUUGCUUUUUUUAAAGAAACACAUAGGAAUCCAGACCACUUAAUCUCAUUGAAGUGGUCUGGAUACAAUAUCCCUGUCAUUUUAGUCCUGCAGCUGCAAACAUUGCAGUUUCAGAGAAACUACAAUGUUUACAUCGCAGGGUUAAGCUUGCCUCUAGUGGCUGUCUACCAGGCCGCCACUAGCGACGCUUCCUGGCUUUUCAUGGAGCUUGACUCUGUGAAAGACAUGAAGACUUCCAAUCCCCAUAGGAAUGCAUUGAUUUCCUAUAGGCAAAGCCUAAUGCGCACGGCACUUGCAACGAAUGUGUAUUAGGUUCUCCCCAUCAGCUGAUGUAGGAGAGGAACUUGGAGCUGGAAUCAGGCAAGAGAAAAACAUUUUUUAAAACAUUUUAUUUGCUCCCAGGAGUCACUGUGCGGGGGUGGACAGAGGGACACUGUUGUGUUAGGAAUACAGUUUUAUGUGUUCCAGCAUUUUAUACUCCAUGUAGAAAGUGUGGUUUUUAGUUCUGUUGUUUACUAACGACUCGUCACUGACGCUGCCAUUGCACCUCCACCUUUAAACUGGUUACACUUUAUAUGUUCAGCCUCAAGUAAUCUGAAAGUCAUCUGAAAACGUUGGUUUGUCUGCUGUCAUGUCUGCCUCACAACGUUUGCUUUUAUAUAGUUUAUCUAUAAGUGCAAAACAAAAUUGUCAUUUUAUAGAUUUUUUUUUUAGUUAUGUUAUAUAUCUUUUGGACAAUCAUAUCUGGUGUAUUUGUAAGAUUUUCACUAAAGCUAUUUAUAUAAUAUAGAAAUAAAACAGAUGUCAAAUGUUCUGUGUAAUGUGUGUGUACAUCUAGUAAUUUAAAAACACUCAAAAAGGCUUUUACUUGCUGCUCCUCUGAAAGAGCAUUAUAAACCCAAGGGCUUGUUUAAUGCAAUAAAUCAUAACCUUAUGGUCCCUGAGAUUGACUAAUGUCCCUGUUUUCUCUCAUUAAUUAGCCAAACAUCACAUCCGAUAAAGGACUUUGUCCAAGGACGGAUCCAUUGUUGUUGGAUAUCAUUGACCAAGGCAAAUUUCACAUUGCACAAAGACUGUUUGCCUUAUCAAACUUGAACUUGGAAAUUAAUGAACAAAAUGUACACGUUUCAACCACCAAUCAGCCUGGCUUUCUACCCCUUAUACUUUACAUUGCAGUAUCGGGGUUAAACGCUCUGUGGAGAAAUUUGAAGUUGUGAAAUACAAAAGGGAACCUAACUCAACCCUCUGACAACUGCUUCCAAACCUCUAGGAAAACUGAUCACUCCAGUGCCUACAACAACAACUACCUCUGCACUCCACAACAGUGACAUUACCAAUCAAGUCAGUCGUAGAUGACAAGCAUGGUAUCACAUUGACUUUGUAGGAAAGCUCCCAGCGGGCCACAGGCUUUGCCAUAGACUUGUGGUACCUAACUGCUCCUCCCUGCCAUUUGAACUCUCAUCCCACCUCUUGCAGCAAUUUCUGCGUUCUUGUUAUACCUCAUCUCUCCCGUUCCUUUUCACUCCCUCCUUCUGUCUCUUUUCUCACCAUCUAUUUUCCUCAUUGAAUGCUUCUUCUCUUUCACCCUUGUCUGCCAUUCUUUUUCCAAUACUCCAUAAUAGACUGUGCUUAUUUUAAACUGACACAUAAUGGUCAUGAGGGCUAACAGUGUAAAAUGGCCAUGAAUAUUUGUUUAACAUUGUCACUAUACCUUAAUAUUUUAUCAGUUUUUAAGAAACUCACUUUUAAUGUAGUAAUUAUAAAAUACAUUGUUAAUAAUUAUUUUCCAUCUUGUAUUUUACAGCCAUGAAAGCAGUAUUUUUGGUAAUUUUUUUCCCCCUCAAAAAUGUACCAGUCUCAUGUAAAGGUGAACCAAUCAGUACAUACAUCAGAAGCCUUACCGUCACUUUAUUGUGUGUUGGCAGUUAUCCAGAAUCCACAAGUUAAUACAUAGCUUUAUAACUUGCCUAUAUGCAGCCAGUGCAUUAAACACACAAGUAUACACAAACCUUAUAACAGAACUGUGUGCAGUCAUUGUAUACGGAAUACAUAAGUCACAACAUAGCUCCACAGCCAGCCUGUUUGCAAUCAAUUAACUUUUACGAUGACCGGGUGCCAGACCUCACCCAUGGAAUUUUACUCCACCACCUUUUCCUGGAAACCCUUCCUAUUAAUCUAUUGGACUUACAUGAAAUAUCAAAAAAUGUGCAUUACUCACUAUGCAAUAAACGUCUUUUUCUAAUGUUAUACCAUUUCUGCUCUGAUAUAAUAAAAUAUGCAAUUAUUACAAUUGUGAGGGGACAUGACAAGAUGAUAAUUGAACUGUACCUGGAAACCUGGGAUAGUCUGUCAGUAUACUUCAACAGACACACACACACAUGGCUAGUAUUGGAAAAUAUAUUUUCAUCAGACACACACAGUUCUGUCA